AAUGUUUAAUUGGAUCCCAAAGUCAGUGGACUUUGCCCACUUGGUUGCUGGAGCUAAACAGCCCAGACAAAAGACAAGAGGCUGGAACUCCCCACCAGGAGAAGUCUUCAGGAUGCUUUUGCCGUGUUCCAGGGUGGGCUAGGAAACCAACCGUUGGCAGGUAAGUACCAUGGUCUGUUAACCAUCUUAAACAAAUAAAUAAAUCGUUUCCUCCUGUGUCUAUGCCAAACUUCCUCCAAGGCACUCAAAGCGGACCUCCAAAGGUUCCACAUUAACCUCAAAUAGCCGUCAGGGAGGCUGCGGGAGUUGCCUUGUAGCCCCCAAGCAACUUUCAUGCCUGAAAGGGGAUUCGAACUCAGACCUUCUUCAUCUGAGCUCAAGGGUAGUCAACCUAGAGUCCUACAGAUGUUGUUGCACUCUAGCUCCGAUCAACCUUAGCCAGCAGGUCCAAUGGUAAGAGAUUGAUAACGUUCUUGUCCAUGGUUUUUGUCUCACCCUCUUCUAAAGCCAUCCACAUUUGUGGCCGCCAGUACUUUUUGCGGGAGCAAACUGGUUUUUAAUCCAUUUGAACAUCUCUCCCCAUCCCUUCUCCCCAUUCAACGCACCUCCGUCAGCGCACAACCUUCCUUAAUGUCUGGUUUGUUGGAAUGUCUUGAAUUCGCACCUUCAGAAGCUUCUUCUUAAUGUACCACCAGGUGAGAGGAUGCAAUGAUGCUAAUUUGCUGACAUGGACAGAAGAGCCAGCGUGAGAUCACGGGCUUCCCAGAGAUUGUCUAAUACUUCGGAGUCUCCGGGGAGAAAACAGAAUUUUGGAGCUGCACCUCUGGGAAGAAAGUCCGUUUUGGAAUUAGUGGUUCAGUAAGGAGAAUGCCUUUAGCUUGCUUUUUUAGUGUGGCUUUAAUUACUUAUUUCCUGGUGUUGCUUUUUUCUUUGGCUUUCUUUGAUAGGUAAAGUGUUGUUUUGCUAUACAAGCAACGCAAAGUGAAAAUGAAAAUCACUAAAGCCUAAGAAACGGUCUCAAUAAGGGGCAAUUCAUCGACAACCCUCAUGCCACCUCCGAACAGCAAGAAAAAGCAUGGAAACUUUUAACUAACUGUGCAGGGGAUCUCAGCUGAACGUUGCUUAUUUUGAAUAGCAUUAAUGGAGGAGCUUGGCCAUGGGAUAAGGAAUUUCUGGAUAAGACAGCAUGAUAGUAACCAAAUGCUUUGCGGAGACUCUGUUUUAAUCCCGGUUCCAGCUGACGGGGAAAACAGCCUCUGAGAAGUGAAAGAUACUCCACACUCCACAUACCUCCCAAACUGUCCCCCCAUAACCUCAAACACAGCCUCUCCCUUCCCUUUCCACUAAAUUACUGGUGGUCCAGGAACAGCAACAACAAAUGGCUGGAGAGAGAGUGGGGUGGGGUUCAAUUCUCUCCAUUUCUCCCUUUCCCUUUGUGUUGGCUAAUAGCAUGCCAGGGUGCAGGGAUAUACAGUGGUACCUUGGGUUACAGACCCUUCAGGUUACAGACUCCGCUAACCCAGAAAUAGUACCUCGGGUUAAGAACUUUGCUUCAGGAUGAGAACAGAAAUCGUGCUCCGGCAGUGCAGCGGCAGCGGGAGGCCCCAUUAGCUAAAGUGGUGCUUCAGGUUAAGAACAGUUUCAGGUUAAGAACGGACCUCCGGAACGGAUUAAGUACUUAACCAGAGGUACCACUGUAUGGAAGAUGUAGUUCUCAUAAGGCACAGGUGGGGAACCUGUGGCACUUUGGAUAGUGUUACCAGACAUCCCCGUUUCCCGGGGACAGUCCCCGGAUUUGCGAAUAAGUCCCCGGACAAAUUCCAUCCUCGGAAUGUCCCCGGAUUUCAUCUAAUGUCCCCGGGAAAUGCAGCAGCGGCAGUCUCAGCAGCCCGGAGCAGUCGGCUCUGGCUGGCUUCAGGAGCUGCUUGGAAGUCCCCAUAUGAUGGUGGUGCAAGGGAUCCAAGAUGCAGCUUCCGGGCUGCCUCCAUCUUCCCUGACCCCAGCAACUAAGCUGUGAAGGGAGGCGUCAUGCUGCUUAUCAGAGCAGCCCUGAUCCCAACUCCUACUUGCGUGCAAGCAGGAGCGGGGCGGGGAUCUCUCAGCUGUGAAGGGAGGCUUCAGGCUGCCUAUCAGAGCAGCCUCCCAACUCCUACUUGCGUGCAAGCAGGAACAGGGUGGGGAUCUCUCAGCUGUGAAGGCAGGCUUCACGCUGCCUAUCAGCGCAGCCCUGAUCCCAACUCCUACUUGUGUGCAAGCAGGAGGGGGCAGGGAUCUCUCAGUUAGGCAAUGGGAAGCCUCCCUUUUUUAUAUAUAUAAAUAUUUAUUAACGUUUUCACAAUAUUACAUAAUGAAAAAGAAAAAAGAAAAAAUACAAAAUAAAAAACAGUUAAAAAACAAUUCCAUCUUUUUGUCACUUAUCUUUCAUUUGCUUGUUUCCCGGACCUCCUCAUACCUCCCUUUUUUGUAUUCCAGUUCAAUUUAUUAGUUCAGCAAUUCCUUUCCCUCUUAUUUUAUCCUGAUGGCAAUGGGAAGCCUCCCUUCCCAGCUGAGGGAUCCCUGCCCUCUCCUGCUUGCACGCAAGUAGGAAUGGGAUUGGGGCUGCUCUGAUGGGAAGGGAGGCAUCGUGCCUCACCACCGCCUCCGCUCUCGGCCCUCCUUCUCCACCUUCCAUGCCUGACCCACCACGCACCGCUUCCCCUCCACCACCGAAGAACCAAUAACUCAGGGGCUGCCCAGGCUCAUGGAGAAAGGAGAUAGAAUCAUAGAAUCAUAGAAUCAUAGAAUCAUAGAGUUGGAAGAGACCACAAGGGCCAUCGAGUCCAACCCCCUGCCAAGCAGGAACACCAUCAGAAGAAGAGUUUGGAUUUGAUAUCCCACUUUAUCACUACCCGAAGGAGUCUCAAAGCGGCUAACAUUCUCCUUUCCCUUCCUCCCCCACAACAAACACUCUGUGGGGUGAGUGGGGCUGAGAGACUUCAGAGAAGUGUGACUAGCCCAAGGUCACCCAGAAGCUGCGUGUGGAGGAGCGGGGAAGUGAACCCGGUUCACCAGAUUACGAGUCCACCGCUCUUAACCACUAAGCCACACUGGCUCUCAAGCCUCGGAGGAAGGGGAAACGUGGCAGUUGAGGUCAAGGCAGCUGCCGCCCCUCUGCCAUCGCUGCAGCAUCAAUGUCCCAAAUGUGUAGUAAUUAAUUACUUUAAUUAAUUAAUUAAAGUGUCCCCGGAUUCAUUGAAAAAAAAUCUGGUAACCUUAACUUUGGGUGCUGUUGGACACCAUCUCCCAUAAACCCUAGCCAGCACUGGUCAGAAGUGAUGGGAGAUGUCACCCCAAGUGGCCAUGAGUUCCACAGGUCGGCCAGUCCUGUCCUAAGGGCUCCCCAGGGAGGUGGUAUGGCUGGUUCAUUUUUGUUUCCCUGAGGUACCUGUUUUCCUUCUUGCAGGUAUCAGAAUAUAUCAGAAAAUGCUUCCACAACUGAAGAGAAGCCAAAGGUGAGCGAGAAGGCUGAAGAGGUUUAAAUUAGACUGUGAACUGAGAUCUUUGGAUGAAAGGCGGUAUAUAAAUUUAAUAAAUUGACCUAUUCCUCCCUCACCCCAACAGCAUACGAAUCAAUAUGGCUAUCCUGACCCAGCAAUGUCCUCUCACAUACAGACGAACCACACUGGAACCGGAACUCUGCCUCCAUCUUGACAUUCUGCUUCUUUUGCAGAAUAUAUAUUUAAAUAAAACUUCCUCUUCCACAAAAUUCAAAGGGUGCAGGGGUUUCGCUUCAGAAUUUAGAAGACAUAUAAAGGCAGUUUAAAAAAACUAUUUAAAGUUUCAUUAUGUUUUUUCAGAAGCCGAUGGGUGAGGUACAACUAUUAUUAUUAUUAUUAUUAUUAUUAUUAUUGGCACUGGUAUCUGAACAGAGGCACCAGGUUGUCCCCAAGAUUUAGGGGGCCCAACAGCCUUUAAACAAAUAUUGAGGGGACCGAGGUGCCUUUGGCCCCUAGAGCUGGCACACCUGGACCCAAAUAUGGAGUUCAGGGGGACGGAUAAUGUUGAAAAUAAAUGGGUAUUGCAUUUUUUUAAAAAAAUAGCUGUCCUGAUCAUGAAUAAUCAUGGCAAGGAGAGUCGUUCAAGUGUAACAGGUCACCUGACUGGAGAGUGAAGUUCGAAGCGAGAGAAGGUUAAACAUUGCCGGACGAGUCUUUUGCCCCAGUGCUAAAAUAACAGAAUAUAUAGAUAUAUGGUGUAGCUGAUAAGUCCGUUCUUUGUUACAGUUUCAGGUCCUAGAGAGAAGGCUUCUGCAGAAGGCCCCAGCGGAUGGGUCUGGCCCCGAAUCAGACAUCAUCCAAAGCAAUGACCGCAGAGCCCCCGGGAGCAGAUCCGCGGAGAAUUUCAGCCUCCGACAAACAAAAGAAGUGAAGAACAAGAGCUCUGAUUCCCAGGCUAGCAUUGACUCCCCAAAAGCUGCAUCCUCACCAAGCCUUGGCGGAUUCCUUGCCAGAACAUCAGCUGCUGACCUUCCUAGGAAAAGCCAGAUCGCGUCCCGGAAAAUGGCAGCCACCCACCAGCUGAGCGCUGGGUCCAAUCCUGCUUCCUUGCUUCUUUCCCAGGGAAAAGGCAGAAGAGAGUGGAAGUGCCACGUCGUCACCCACCUGCAAGAAAACAAAUCGGACGGCGAGGUGGGUGGCCUUUCUUAUUCCAAAGAGCGUGAGGCAGGGGCAAGAAUCCUGAAAGAUACUCAGAGUCGAGUGUGGAUUUCAUGCUCUUUAUUCAGCUCAUAAGGGACGCGGGUGGCGCUGUGGGUUAAACCACAGAGCCUAGGAGUUGCUGAUCAGAAGGUCAGUGGUUCGAACCCCCGUGACAGGGUGAGCUCCUGUUGCUCAGUCCCUGCUCCUGCCAACCUAGCAGUUUGAAAGCACGUCAAAGUGCAAGUAGAUAAAUAGGUACCGCUCCGGAGGGAAGGUAAACACCGUUUCCGUGCACUGCUCUGGUUUCGUCAGAAGCGGCUUAGUCAUGCUGGCCACAUGACCCGGAAGCUGUACGCCGGCUCCCUCGGCCAAUAAAGCGAGAUGAGCGCCGCAACCCCAGAGUCGGCCAUGACUGGACCUAAUGGUCAGGGGUCCCUUUACCUUUACCUUAUUCAGCUCAUAGUAGCGAGGGAAUGAAAGUUUCCCCAAAAUAUCUGCUUUAUAUCCAUUAUUUACACAAUGGGCCGCACGUGAUUGGCUAAUUCUGGGAUUCUCAUGUAGGCCAAUCAGGUUGCGGAUUCACUUCCACCUGGAGCUGGAUUGGGUGGCUCCUGCAGACCAAUCAUACUGUUGCAUUGUUCUAGGACCAACCAGACUGCUGCAUUCUGAAUCCUAUUGUUUUAGGACCAAUCAGACAGCUGCAUUUUGGAUCCUAUUGUUUUAGGACCAAUCAGACAGCUGCAUUUUGGAUCCUAUUGUUCUAGGACCAAUCAGACUGCUGCAUUUUGGAUCCUAUUCAACUUAGUACAUAAUAAAUCCUUUCUGAAAUCUUGGAAAGCUACGGCCAGUUAGUGUUUACAGUACUGAGCUAGGUGGACCCAGUGGGCUAACUUAUAUUAAGGCAGCUUCCCAGGUCCCAUUUUCAAUCAUAGCUCAGCUCGUAAAGCAUGAGUCUCUUUAAUCUCAGGGUUGUGGGUUCGAAUCCCAUGUUUGGUCAAAGAUUCCUGCAUUGAAGGGGGUUGGACUAGAUGACCCACGUGGUCCCGUCCAACUUCUAUGAUUCUGUGAAUCCCUGGCCGCUUUAAAUGGUUUGUCAGCCAUCUUGAUUCAAAAUGGCGUCCAGUUGUAUCCAAACGGAGACGGAGACCUGCUCCCUGAUCCCACGAGCCAUCGUCCAAAUUUGGUUACUAUGGACGGUAUUCCUAAAUGUUAGACCUGUUGAAAUCAACACACCUCGCUUAAUGUGCUCUGUUUCUUCCUGAGGUCUUGAGACUUCAGCAAGUGACUUCACAUCAUGCCUAUUGGCCUCGUAACACACCUUGUCUUGUCACUUUGUCACCAUCUAGGAAGCGCUACUCACAAGGAGAAAGAAGGCAUCUCCUCUCCCUUCGACAACGCUUGGUGCAGCUGCUACCUGCGCCUCAAGAAAAGUCAACAGCUGUGAGUGAACUAAUCUGUUUUGGUCGCUGGGGGUGGGGAAAUCCUUUCUUUUCCCAACCACAAUCCGGUCAAGAUUUGGCAUAAUGACAUGUCCCCAAGCAAUCGUGUCACCUCAAGAACCUUAAAAGGUAAAGGGUAAAGGGACCCCUGACAGUUAGGUCCAGUCGUGGCCGACUCUGGGGUUGCGGCGCUCAUCUCGCUUUAAUGGCCGAAAGAGCCAACGUACAGCUUCUGGGUCAUGUGGUCAGCAUGACUAAGCCGCUUCUGGCGAACCAGAGCAGUGCACGGAAACGCCGUUUACCUUCCCGCCGGAGCGGUACCUAUUUAUCUACUUUCACUCUGACGUGCAUUCGAACUGCUAGGUGGGCAGGAGCAGGGACCAAGCAGCGGGAGCUCACCCCGUUGCGGGGAUUCGAACCGCCGACCUUCUGAUCGGCAAGCCCUAGGCUCAACGGUUUAGACCACAGUGCCACCAGCGUCCCUUACCCUUGUUUAAAUCUCUUCUCUACUUUUGCAUCACUUGAAGAUUUUUAUAAACUCAUUAAAAAUACCAAGGUGGGGAGGGGGAAAAUGAAAAUCUUGGUGUUCCCACACACUGCACAAAAACCACAGAUCUUGCUAGAAAAGACAACAGGACUUUUAUGGUUGAAGUGCUAUUCUAUUCUCACCAAUUUAUCGGCGGGGUUUCUAUUAAAAUAUUGUUAGAGCAAUCACCAUUGAGAAAGCUCGGAGUGCCACCUGGUGGGCCAAAGUGCUGUUUGCUUUUCCUGGAAAUCCUAAUUCAGGAAUGGAGAACUUGUGGCCUCCAUAAAUUGUUGGGCUCCAACUCCCACAAUCCCUGAGUUGGCCCGUGAAGGCAAUAGCCCCCUCUUCUGUUUGGCCCCCUCUUCUGUGGCUAUGAGUGUGGAAGAAGAUUGCACCUCCCAAAUGCAUCCAUUCAUCGGAAGUGUGUUUGCCUCCCUGUUCACAGCUACUGAGGAAUGUGUGGAGGUCGGGCACGAUUCUGCUGCUCCUUUCCAUGCCAUCAGGGCAGGACUUUGGGGCAGAGGUCCAGAGGUCCAUGUAGAUCUUCCUUCACCCCUUCUUCCAUGGCAGGGAAGGAAGGGAAGCCAUUUUGUUGCUUGCCUCAGGUGCCAAAAUGUCUUCGGCCAGUCCUGCAACAGAGUGAACAGGGGGGCCCCCAAACACAGCAAAGUGCAAUUAUUAUUGUUAUUAUUAUUAUUAAAUUUAUAUACCACCCUUCAUCAAAAUAUCUCAGGGCGGUUCAUAUUUUGAAGUAAUCGUGAAGUAAUAGACAUUGCCAUCUAUUGGGAGGCGGGGCAUGAGACUAUUAUGUCCGGAGUCUAACAUUAUCGUGUUUAGGUAAGUUUUUAAUGUUUGGUGUUUUAUUGUGCUUUUAAUUCUCUUGGGAGCCUCCCAGAGCGACUGGGGAAACCCAGCCAGAUGGGUGGGGUAUCUAUUUAUCUAUCAUCUAUCUAUCUCUAUCAUCUAUCUAUCUAUCUAAUCUAUCUAUAUCUAACUAUCAUCUUUCUAUCUCUAUCAUCUAUCUAUCAUCUAUCUAUAUCUAUCUAUCUAUUUAACUAUCUAUCAUCUAUAUCAUCUAUUUCUAUAUCUAUCUGUCUGUCUGUCUGUCUAUCAUCUUUCUAUAUCAUCUAUCUUUCUAUUUAUCUAUCUAUCUCUAUCAUCUAUUUUAUCUAUCAUCUAUCUAUCAUCUAUCUAUCUAUCUAUCAUCUAUCUAUCUAUCUAUCUAUCUAUCAUCUAUCUAUCUAUCUAUCUAUCUAUCUAUCUAUCAUCUAUCAUCUAUCUAUUUCUAUCUCUAGCAUCUAUCUAUUUCUAUCUCUAGCAUCUAUCUAUCUAUCAUCUAUCUAUCUCUAUCUACCUUCUUCUCUUUAUCUUUUCUGUCUCCCUAUUUCUUGAUUUUUUUCCUUUCUCCAUAUUUUGGUUUCUCGUUAUUCUCCGUCUUUAACGACAAAAGUUUGGCUUCUGUUGUAUUUUAUGUUGAUAACCUGAGACGGGCCCAGGCUCUCUCACCCUGGGGGGACGGGGGGGGCGGACUGCUUAUUCAUGGCUCUUUAUUUAAGCUGCGUUACGGAAGGCGAAGGGAAGAUGGCUAUGGUCUCAGAGGCAUACCUUUUAUGCAGAAAGGCGAUCGACGCACCACAUCCAUAAAUAAGCUAAUUGUCAUGAAGGAGGCAUUUCUGUGUGCUGUUGUUUAGUGUCCGGGGUGAAGGUGAAUGAAUCUGCAGGGGAGAGGGAUCCACUGGCAUGAGGUCACCCUUUCCGUCCUCGGGGAAGCUCCAUUUCCCAGCCCCCAGGCCUCUAAAUGUGCUUGCCAGCUAUGACAUCUGACACUGGGAAAAGCCAUUCCUUUCCCAAGAAUGCUCCUCAAAUGUUUGGUCACCCGAGUGUCACCCAGAGCUCGGCUGUCACAAGCCCGGGUGACACAAUGACACAUUUGUGACAUAGCUACGAGAUGCGUAGGGAUGAGCGGACUGGACAGUUUUUGCUGCCUCUUCUGUUUUCUCAUUUCCCCAAGGCUUAUUUAUUUAUUUGAUUUAACAAAAUGUAUAGAACCAAGCUUUUCCAAAACAAAAUAAAACAAAGCAAACACGAAAAUUGUACUAAAGGACAAAUAAAUAAAAGUUUAAAAACUGAUAUUUUUAAAAAUCGACAUGUAAUUAAAAUCAGGAGUUGAUAUAAAAUCAGAUUAAAACAGAUAGCCUAGGCCAGGCAUGUCCAAAGUCUGUUUGGGGGGCCUAAUCCGGCCUGCCGGUCGGUUUAAUCCAUCCCCUGUGGCAGUUUAUUUCCUGGGGUAAAAUCCUAAAAAAACCUCAACAUCUUCAAUCCUUAUAAAAAGCCCAAUAACUUUGGUAGGCCCUUUGGUUGGUCACCACGGCCCUUCACUUCAUCAAAUCUGGCCCUCUUUGAAAAAAGUUUGGACACCACUGGCCUAGGCUAUCUGAAGGAUCAUAUUCUCCCAUACCUGUCUUGGUCCUGAAAUCUUUGGGGGAGACCUUUCUCUUGGUCCCCCCACCUUCACAGGAAUGCUUGAUGGGGAAGUGGGAGAGGGCCUUCUUGGUGGUGGCUCCCAAACUUUGGAAUUCACUCCCUAGAGAAGCCAAAUUGGCUCCCUCCUUGUUGCUCUUCCUUUGGCAGGUGGUGACUUUUAUUCCAACAGGCCUUUGGGAACUGACCGUUUUUGAAGGAGGGAGCUUUAAUAGCGCUGUGUUGUCUUUAUUAUUUGUAAUUUAAUCAAUUGUUUGUGUAAUAUUGUUUUAAUUCUGUUAGAGUUUAAUUACUUACUGUCAGGGAACUGCCAUCAGUGCCGGAGGGAGAGAGCAAAAGCCAGAGGGAUUCCAGAGAGCGUCCAGGGAUUGGGAGAAGCAGCCCAUCUUCUGGGGAAGAGAAUCAGCGUAGCACCAGUGGAGAAGGGGGGCAGAUGGGGAAGCGGCGAGGCGGUCCCAUGACUCCUUGCCGGGGACCAGCGGGGAGAGUAGGGGCCCUCCGUUGCCCACGCCCUCCUUGCGCAGAAGGCUUUCGCACAGAGAGAGUAGGAGGAGACUAGGCGUCAAAGAGCUUCUUUGCUGGAAGAAGUUUAAGAAACGCCCACUGACGGAUUCUGCCAGUGAUUUAGUCAGCCACGGGUGAGUGGCUGUCCGGACAGAAAAGGUUCACUUAGGCAACCCAGCCAGGUGUUUGCACCCAGCCGGGGAGAUAAGCACCGGCUUACGCACGAGCAACCCCUAGAACCAUUACACUUACUAAUGGUGAUCUUUUCUAUGUUUUUAGCAGUUUGUAUUUUAUCUGUGUUGCUUUAGUCUAUGUAUGGACUCACCUUGAGUCCAGCUCUGGGAAAAAGGCAUGAUAUAUUAUUAUCAUUAUUAUUAUUACAUGUCACACAUACACCAGGAAAAGAGCACAUACCUGUCAACUACCUCAUUUGGGGCUGAGAUCUUGCCUUUUCAUAUCCACAGUCUCGUGCAGCACCCCCAAAACAUGUGUUUUGGGGCACUGUGCCCGAAAAACUGCUUUUUUGGGUCCACGAUCUCACCAUGCCCCCCCAAAGUGCUUUUUUUCUGGGUCCGCAAUCUCAUGUGGGUCAUGCGAUUUGCGGAGGAUUUUGGUCCCAGAAGAUGGUGUCCCAUAUUUGGGCCAUAUCCCUUCGGAGGGUAUGAGAUCACCGGUCUUGACAUAUUCAGAGGCACCUUGCCCGUGCCUGUCUUACAGCCUAUAUUAGUUCGAGGGACCCUUGAAAUGAGGGUCCAGAAAUGAGACACAGACCUUCCAUGGCCUGGGCUAAAGGUAAAGGUAAAGGUACCCCUGACCAUAAGGUCCAGUCGCAGACUACUCUGGGGUUGCAGCGCUCAUCUCGCUCUAUAGGCUGAGGGAGCUGGCGUUUGUCUGCAGACAGCUUCUGGGUCAUGUGGCCAGCAUGACUGAGCCACUUCUGGCGAAACCAGAGCAGGACACAGAAACACUGUUUACCUUCCUGCCGGAGCGGUACCUAUUUAUCUACUUGCACUUUGACAUGCUUUUGAACUGCUAGGUGGGCAGGAGCAGGGACCGAGCAACGGGAGCUCACCCCGUCGCAGGGAUUUGAACCGCCAACCUUGUGAUCGGCAAGCCCUAGGCUCUGCGGUUUAGACCACAGCGCCACCAGCGUCCCAAUGGCCUGGGGCUGGACGGAGGCAAAAAACAAACAAACAAACAAAACCACUGCAGGCCAAGACCUUGGGCUUAACUGGGCUUUAGAUUGAGCUAAUGGUCUGAAAUUAGUUUCUGAUCUCACGAGGUGCGUUUGACGUGGUGCCGUCGUCGUCAUGACACGACAUCUCAGAGCAUGACUCAGCAAAGCGUCCCUAGUCCCCGAUGUGCUUCUUCCCUUACCGAAUUACGAUUUACCGAGGGUGGAGGCGGCAGUGGGGGCUUCGUGGACUGAGUCAGCCCUCUUGGCACCGCGGAUUUUGCAGGACGUGCUCCUUCGGCUACUCCCAUACUGGCGUACAAGAAAUCAUGAUUGACUCAGCCUGAUGGAAUAGCAGCGCCUGCCCCCUAAAAAUAGACCAGCCUUUUCACCCUCCCAACAUAGCUCAGGAUUCCAAGAUAUAAUCAGCUGUGAGGGGCCGGCUGGAGACACUCAGAGCCAGGAUCGGAGCGUGGAGCAGGUCUCUCCUCCCUAGGAUAUUCCAACAGCCCGGCCUUUCCAAGACUCCAACCCAGGACUUGCCAUUGCAGAUUGCUGGGAACUCUCUGUAAGUCAUUUCUUGAGAUAUUGCAAAGGGAAGGGGAAGCUAACGGAAGCUAAAUCUGUGGAUUUAGGUGGAGUUAGGGAUUGUCAAAUAUCUUGUUGAGCGAAGCCAGAUUAACGUACUUGGCUUUUCUUCGUGGAGCCAAAACUUCUGCCGGAUGGUGGUCAUUGUUAUUUUUCUGUAGUCAGGCAUGUGUUCCUUUGGCCUGGUGAACAGUCAUAUCCAGAUUGUGGCCUGACGCUUUUGGAAGCUGGUCUAUCUUUUGAUGUGGGCAUAACUGGUCCCAGUUGUGAAGGGUGGACCUAGAUUCAGGUCUCGGGCAAAUCCACUGAAAAAUGGAUAAAGAGAGUAUUUCCACAAACGUCUCACCCCACCCUCCAGACACACAUUUUGACUCUUCCUGAGAUCUUGGAGGGGUUUCUGCCAUUCAGAGCCUGAAGCUACAGGUCUUUCUGACAUACACCUUUCCCGCCUGCCUCCAUUGUGUUUUAUCUCAUAUUGUGGUUUUAGGGUGUUAUUUUAAUUGUCAUUGUUGUGAUUUAAUUACCUGGGUAAUGGUGGCGUGGAAUUUUAAAGUUGGGAAUGGGGGAUCUUGGAAGGCGACUAGUCGAAACCUCUUGUGUGAUGGAGUGAUCAGACCGAAGAACUAUAGAAUGGGAAGGGACCACAAGGAGCAUCUAGUCCAACCCCUACAAUCAGCUAAAGAAUCCAAAGGGCUGCUCUGUAUACCCUAGACCAGGAUUCCCAAAAUUUAGGUCUCCAGCUGUUGUUGGACUACAACUCCCAUCAUCCCUAGCUAGCACGACCAGUGGUCAGGGAUGAUGGGAACUGUAGUUCAAAAACAGCUGGAGACCCAGGUUAGAGGAACCCUGCCUUAGACCACUCUUCCCCAACCAGAGAUUCUCCAGAGACUAUAACUCCCAUCAGUCUCAGCUGAAACAGCUACACACGGAAACUCCCUGCAAAUAUUUGGUCUAGUCUAGAGAGUGGAUAAGGGACACGGGUGGCACUGUGGGUUAAACCACAGAGCCUAGGGCUUGCCGAUCGGAAGGUCGGCAGUUCGAAUCCCCACGACGGGGUGAGCUCCCAUUGCUCGGUCCCUGCUCCUGCCAACCUAGCAGUUCGAAAGCACAGCAAAGUGCAAGUAGAUAAAUAGGUACCAAUCCAGCGGGAAGGUAAACGGCACUUUCGUGCACUGCUCUGGUUCAUCAGAAGCGGCUUAGUCAUGCUGGCCACAUGACCCGGAAGCUGUACGCCGGCUCCCUCGGCCAAUAAAGCGAGAUGAGCGCCACAACCCCAGAGUCGUCCGCAACUGGACCUAAUGGUCAGGGGUCCCUUUACCUUUAGAGAGUGGAUGGUUUUGCAUCAAAUGGGUGUAAACCUGAUCUGGCGGUUGGGUGACUUCAGGUGCUGAUCAUCAUGACUUCAAAGCACCGCCCAGGGCUUGGAAAGACCCUGUAUGGUGCUUUGAAGUGCCAUGGUUCAGCCAUCUUGAAGGCAGCACCUUGAAGGCGCUUCAAGCCUGCAUGUUGCAGGGAGUGGCCUUCCAAUCAAGUUUUGGGGGAAACGGCUUCAUGGGUCAAAGUAGAACCCAACCCGGGCCAAACUGAAUUAUCCACAGACAAGAGAGGAAGGUGUGGAGAGACUUUCUACUCUUGGGGCAUCACACAGUCUUUUCGUUGCUGGCUUCAGAAAUAUAUUACAUAGCAAGAUGAAAGAGUUGGUGCCCAGCGACAUGGGGGUGCUUAUUAUGGAACGGACCCCCUAUUCCCCUCAUAUAAUCACAAUUCCCAGAGCUCCCUGAGAAGAGAGACUGACAGACCUUCCAAGUGUCCCUAUGUUCCAGGGACUGUCGCAGAUUUACAGAAGCCGUCCUGGUUUCUGAUAUGAUCCCGCCAUGUCCCGCUUUUCCUUAAGACGUCCCUAUUUUCAUCAGAUAAAAGUUGGUGGGGAUGUCUCUAUAUUCAUGGGAGGAAUGUUGGAGGGUAUGGGCUGACUGUUAAACCACUCUGAUAAUUUCAGUUCUGUGAGGGGAAUAGGGGCUUCGUAAGAACUUUCAGCACCCUUGGCAAAAAACACCUCCCAGAAUUCUUGGGGGGGGGGGGCAUGGCUGUUUAAAGCAAUAGGGUAGUGCUUUAAAUGCAUGGUGUGGCCUGCGUAAAACAAAGGUGAAGAACGAAAGGGAAAUGGAUCCGCAGUUGCUUUUCACGUUUGUUUUGAUUCCUCCUUGCCCCCUGCAGCUACCAAUUCAUUUCAGCAUCUGUAAAACAAAUCUAGGUGCAUUACAUUUCAUUUUCCAUUCAUUUUUAGUUAAAAAAAAUGCGCAGCCUUAAAAUACCACCCUCUGCCUGUCUGGACAACUACGCUCCGUUCAGCGCCAGCAAUGCGACGAUAAUUCCAAACAAUACCACCGGCUCACGCAUUGUAUUUCUGAAAGCUCUUUAACAUUCCAAAGGAUCCCUCCUGCAACCCCCUGGCCUUUUGCACAGGAAUGAAACUGGGCUUCUCUCACCAGCUGCCCGCGGGAAGGCAAACCUCCUCUCGCCCCCACAUCCCAAAAUGCCACCGGCAGUUGUCACUCGCCUUUGCAUUUUUGAACCAGGAAUAGCAGCUCGGCAUUCUUUCAAACGCGAUUAUCUCCCCUGCCUGCCCACUCCCCUCCACCCCCAAUCCUGGUUUCUCUCUUAGGCCAAAUGUAACAAGCACAAUGACUUUUGUCUCAAACAAGGGGCCAUUUGCAAGGAAUGUGUGCGAAAGAGGGUGGGGGGAGAGAGACUGCCCCUUCCGAGCUGUCAAAACUCCAGGUUCAGCAGAAGGAACGUGUUAAUUCUGCACCACCAGCUAUUCAGUGGACAAUCGUAUUUGCCUGCUCAAAAGUAAGCCCCACAGAGCUCAGUGAGGGAUAAGAUUGCAGCCUAAAUGGGCUUGUAUGUGUCAUGGAAUUACGGUGCAAGCCCGGAGGGUAGGACUCAAACCCAUGACUUCAAGAAAGGAGAUUCCAACUAAACAUCAGGAAGAACUUUGUGACAGUAAGAGCUGUUUGUCAGCAGAACUGUCUCCCUCGGGAGGUUGUAGACCAGGCAUAGGCAAACUCGGCCCUCCAGAUGUUUUGGGACUACAACUCCCAUCAUCCCUGACCACUGGUCCUGUUAGCUAGGGAUGAUGGGAGCUGUAGUCCCAAAACAUCUGGAGGGCCGAGUUUGCCUGUGCCUGUUGUAGACUCUCCUUCCUUGGAGGUUUUUGAGCAGAUGUUGAAUGGCCACCUGUCACGUAUGAUCUAGCUAAGAUUCCUGCAUUGCAGGGGGUUAGACUAUAGGACCUUUGGGGUCCCUUCCAACUCUAUAAUUCUGUGAUUCUGCUAUUCCAAAGACCAUGCGGUUGAGGUGAGGGCGGGGAGCCAUUUCUAGCGGCUGUGCUAGAUCUUUGAAGCUGCCCCUUCCAUUUGCAUCCGCCUUCAGACUUCAUUGCCUGCCUGGACCAGAAAAAGCCUUGCAGAGAGAGAGAGAGAGAGAGAGAGAGAGAGAGAGAGAGAGAGCGCUGGGAUGGUGUUGCUUCAUCAGGAAUGCAGACAGGAUCAGGGUCCUGGCAGCAGGACAAUGGCAUUGCCAGCACAAAGAUGAAAAGGGGGCGGAGCCAGGGGGCGGAGCGUACACCCAUUGCCUGAAUGGGGCUUGCAGGCUUGCAUAUAUAGCUGGACCCAUCACCCUCCAGUUAAAAGGAUGCAUUGGCUCCCACCCCCACCCCCGGGGCUAUUAUUGCUGCUUAUCCAUCUAUGAGAAUCCCCCGAGGCCGGGGGCACGAGCGGCGCCGGCGCUUAGCAAGCCUUUUGUCAAGGCCCGAAUUAUCUUGCAGCGGAGCAAAAGGGAGAGGGAUUAGGGGAGAAGCCACGCGAGUGAAUUCCUUAACUUCCAGCCACAGAUACGCAGGCCGUUGGAAGGCAGGGCUGGGAUGCUUGACGUCCUUGGUCCAGGCCAAGAUGCCUCUCCGUAGAAGCUCAGGCAGGGCAAAGACAGAUUUGGUGGGUCGUUCUAGCAUUUUGGCAAAUUUAUUCAGUCUUAAAUAGGUUUUUGGGUGUGAGGAAUUCAGAUCUGCUUUUAUUUUGUGAUUGGGCAACACUGGAAAAAUCCCCUUGGAAUGACACCACAUCAAAAUGUCAUGAAUUCAUGGGGGUGGGGAGAAAAUGGCACUCAGGGCCUUUUUGCAACCAGAAAGGUCUCUGUGAUCAUCACUGCUGCCACAUAGAACUAUAGGGUUGCAAGGGACCUUGAGGGUCCCCUGGUCCAACUCCCUGCCAUUGCAGGAAACUUUUCCCCAACAUGGGUCUCAAACCCACAACCCUGAAAAUAAGAGUCUCAUACUCUACCGACUGAGCUAUCCGAGGUGAUGUGGCAGUCAGAAUGUUUUAUUAUUAUUCUUCUUCUUAAAAAAGGAAUUUACAAGGAACUUCCACUGCUUCCUAAGGAAUCAAAACUUUGAGGGAAUGUCACCCCUCCCCACUUUACUUAAACCCCCUCACCGACUUUCAAAGCUUAAAGUUCUUCCAGUUCAGCACUAAAUAAAAUAAUAAUAAUAAUAAUAAUUUAUAACCUGCCCAUCUGGCUGGGUUUCCCCAGCCACUCUGGGCGGCUUCCAACCGAAUACAGUGGUACCUCGGGUUUAAGUACUUAAUUCGUUCUGGAGGUCCAUUCUUAACCUGAAACUGUUCUUAACCUGAAGCACCACUUUAGCUAAUGGGGCCUCCCACUGCCGCCGCGCCGCUGGAGCACAAUUUCUGUUCUCAUCCUGAAGCAAAGUUCUUAACCCAAGGUACUACUUCUGGGUUAGCGAAGUCUGUAACCUGAAGCGUAUAUAACCUGAAGUGUAUGUAACCCGAGGUACCACUGUAUUAAAAACAAUACAGUGUCAGACAUUAAAAACUUCCCUAAACAGGGCCACCUUCAGUUGUCUUUUAAAAGUUAAAUAGUAGUUUAUUGCCUUGACAUCUGGUGGGAGGGCGUUCCACAGGGCAGGCGCCGCUACCGAGAAGGCCCUCUGCCUGGUUCCCUGUAGCCUGACUUCUCGCAGCGAGGGAACCGCCAGAAGACCCUCAGAGCUGGACCUCAGUGUCCAGCUUCCCCUUGCUUCCUCCCCUUGGCUUUUCCCUUGCAAAGACAGUUUAGGAUUCCUAAGAUUCCAUGACGUUCAGUGAAGAAAUCACAAAUCACAUCAAUGAGGGCUUGGGGUAUAUUCCAGGUGAACAUUUCUACUAUGGCAUGACUGCAUGGUGGGUUGGAAUGCAAUAGCAGGGGCGGACUUUGGUAAUCUUUCGUAAUAUGGUACCCCGUGCAAGGGCAUAAUUUUGCACCCCAAAAUUGAUCUUCUCAAUUAUGGGGCUUCUAAAUUUGCACCCCCUCGGCUCAGCACCCAGCGCGGGGGAACUGCCCGUACCACCCUAAAUCUGGCGCUGGCAACAGAAACUAGUCUUAAAGUCGACUCUUAUCAGGGUUGCUGGUCUGUACAGGCCCUUCUCAUUAGAGAUGGGGGCAUUGUGACCCACAAGAAAGAAAGAAAGAAAGAAAGAAAGAAAGAAAGAAAGAAAGAAGUCUGUUUUUUCUAGCACCUGCUUUGCCUCACUCCCAGUAAUUCCAGUACUGUGCAGGAUGGAAAGCAGGGAGUGGGGGCGGGGCUUAGCCUUAGGCUGGAGACAGACAGACAGACAGGCUGAAGCAGGGGAGUGAGUCAUGUGGCUGUGAGGGGGAUGGCUCUCUUCUACUCAGAAGUAAACCUAGGAAGCUGGGGGAUGUAGAGGCCACCAGCACAAGGUGAGGCAACGAGCGAGCAGCAAAGUAUUUGCAAGUUAAAGAAGUGGUAUUGCAUGCUCUAGUUAUCUCCCGCUUGGACUACUGCAAUGCACUCUACGUGGGGCUACCUUUGAAGGUGACCCGGAAACUACAAUUAAUCCAGAAUGCGGCAGCUAGACUGGUGACUGGGGGCGGCCGCCGAGACCACAUAACACCAGUCUUGAAAGACCUACAUUGGCUCCCAGUACGUUUCCGAGCACAAUUCAAAGUGUUGGUGCUGACCUUUAAAGCCCUAAAUGGCCUCGGCCCAGUAUACCUGAAGGAGCGUCUCCACCCCCAUCGUUCAGCCCGGACACUGAGGUCCAGCGCCGAGGGCCUUCUGGUGGUUCCCUUGCUGCGAGAAGUGGGAUUACAGAGAACCAGGCAGAGGGCCUUCUUGGUGGUGACACCCGCCCUGUGGAACCCCCUCAGAUGUCAAAAGAGAUAAACGACCUGACAUUUAGAAGACAUCCGAAGGGAAGUUUUUAAUGUGUGACAUCUUAGUGUAUUUUUGGUCUUUGUGGAAGCCGCCCAGAGUGGCUGGGGAAACCCAGCCAGAUGGGCAGGAUACAAAUGAUAAAUUAUUAUUAUUAUUAUUAUUAUUAUUAUUAUUAAUGACGCUUGAGAUCCCUCCCAACUCGACAAUUCUAUGGUUCUAUGACUUUGGAGGACUGGAAAUGGCCAGCAGGCAGCAAGAGGGAAAAGGAUGCAGGAAGGGGAAAGUAUUAGUGGUGUGGUCCAAGGAGAUACGGUGUGAAAGCUGGGAAUCCCAAUAUAACCCCAAAACUGUAGUAUGCCAGACUCCUGCUGCAGGGCAGAAUGCAACGUACCCAUUCCAGAAAUCCUUUUCACGCUCCUCCGUUAGGAGAAAAGCAGGAUUUUGCUCCAGGGCUUUUCAGCAAACAUCUCUCUCCUCUUUGUCGUAAUCAUUCAGUCACAUGGGGCACCCCUAGACUUGUCAGCAUUUUUGCAGAUACUGGGAUAAAAUUUAGGUUGGUGCAAUUGAUGUGUCCUUUCACCCACUUGAAAAGAGAAACCAAAUAGUUGCAGUUAGGAAAGUGACAGGGAAAGGCAUUGAAAUUUGUGGGACGUCUGAAAGAUGAAUGGGAAGUUGUCUAAAUAACCUGCAACCCAAUCAGGACGAAUGCUGAAUAAAGACCCAACGAAAUCGAAACUCCGCAGGAGGUUUGUGCAAGCAAAUUAGGAAGAACUCUCAGCCAAUAGGUGGUCUGGAGAACGGGCACCAGGCUCAACUCAAAGUGAUCUGGUGAAUUCUUUUGCAAGACGCGUCUCAAGGAAACAUCUGUAAAUCCAGUGAUGUUUGCCAGGGUGGUGGUUUUUUUUGUACACCCAUCGAGCAUCGCUAUAACUUGCCCACUGUUAAAUUCAGGCCCUGGGUUUGCAAGUUCCUCCUUAGGCGAAACAUCUGAGAAAUUUCGAGGGAAGCCAAAAGGAUUUCGGCAAGGGUAGGGAAACUCCUCGUUGUGGCACGCUGUUAAGGCAGCAAUGCUGAUGAAAAUAAUCAAGGCUUGGUGCGAUCAGUGCAUGGAUCUCUCUUCUCCCAAGGAAGAAAGGCAGGCUGCGAUGAAACGCAGCUCACGCCAGGCUAGACUGGGUGCUGUGCCUCUCUGCUCCUGCAGAGAGAGAAAUCCCGCUGGCAUUUGGGGCAGCCACAGCAGGGCUUAUGCCGCGACACACAAUAGGGUUUUUUCGCUUAGCAGGCCUCUUUGUCCGGGGCAGAUGGAUUCAGCAGCAAAGCUGACGACACGCUCUUGGCCACCUCCGACGGAGAGGCUGGGCGCUGAGCUUGCAGCUUUGCCUUUUUUUUAAUAGGCGGUUGCGUCCGUCGGCAAGCUAGGGGUGGAUGGUGGCACUCAGCCGGUCUGGAGAAGGAAGCCAUCGAUGCUAACAGGUGGGUGGCACUGCUGGACGACAUGCUUGCCGUGGUUUUAAUGUAGCGGCAAAACGGGGCAGGGCAGGAAGGGGGAGAAGAGAUGGAGUUGUCUAUUUGACUAUAGAUUCUGGAUCUUGGAGCAAAUCUGGGUGUUGCAUGAGCAUUUUUAGUAAUGACGGCUACAGUGGAGAAAAAAAAUGAGUCAAGUGUAAAACAGCCUCUGCCGACCUCAUGCCUCCAGAUCUUUUGGACUACCUACUGCUGAUGGGAGUUGUAGUCCACAACAUCUGGAAGACAGCCAGUUCGGCAGAGAUUGAUGUACCGGAUGCCGCAGGUUGAGCUUUGUUGACUACUCAAGAGUUUGAGCUAUUUGUAGCAAGGAAGGAAAAAGGCAACCAGGGCAAAGUAGCCGAUCUCACCACAGAGAGGUUGCCAGCUUUCAACUGUUGGGUGUGAGGCUGUGCUCAUAUUGUACAUCUUAACAUUUAGACAUUAACUAUGUUUUUCAGCAUCAAUGGGAAGCUUUCCUCCAGAUGCAAUAGCACUUAUGGGGUGGGUGGGUGGGUGUAUGAGAGAGAGAGAGAGAGAGAGAGAGAGAGAGAGAGAGAGAGAGAGAUCCAGAUUGGAACAGAGGUGGAAGCAAAGGGUUAAAGCCCUCCCCCAACCAUGAUCCCAGUUUGGAUCAGUGCCCCUCCCAUACGGCUGCUAUUUACAAAACACCAGGCAUCCACUUGCAUGAUUAUCGCCAAGUCAUAUCAUGGGCGUAGCCAGGAUUUAUUGGGGGGCAUGGUUUAUGUUGGGGGGGGGAACUGAGUUAUCUGCGACACAACUGGUCAGUAAGUUAAGUAUUUUUAUUUAUUUACUUAAUUUGGGGGAGGGGCAGCUACCCUCCUCUUUGCCCCCUGGCAACACCUAUGGGCUAUAUAGGAUGCCGUGAGUUGGGAGGGUGGGCGUGGCUUGAGAGAAAUGGCCUUGCAGGCCAAAUUGGAAACACUACUGGGUCAAAUUAGGUCUGCGGGGCUGGAGUUUCCCCGCUCCUCUUUUGAAGAACGGGAAAGCCUGUCUGUUUUUCAUUUUCCGCCAGAAGUGCGUGGAGUUUGCAGGCCUGGUCACCCCUUCUGACUGCCGCUGUACUGAGGACAUGCAUCUGGUCUGAUCUAGCUGGCUCCUCUUAUGUUCUUAUAUGCAAUCAAAAUAUUAUUAUUUCUUCUUCAAAAAACCCGUCGUUGGCAUUUCGAGGCUGAGAACCCGCCACUCUGGUGGCCACCGUGCUUUGCUUUGCUUUCUCACAGAGGAACUGGAGACUCCUGAACAUACAGUAGCUGUCAACGUUUCCCUUUUUUAAAGGGAAAUUCCCUUAUUCCGAAUAGGAUUCCUCGCAAGAAAAUGGAAACAUUGGCAGCUAUGCUCCUGAACGCUUUCUAAAUUACCUUCUGUUGCGUUUCAUCCACCUCACUCUCCUAUGAUCUGUGGCUUCCUGACUCUGUUCUAUAGUCAUAACUCUCGGUUCUCGCUGCUGACAAUCUCUCCCUGCUCUCAAGUUGCAGGCUUACCCAAAAAGUUUGCUCUCACCUGCUUGGUUUGACACUUCAGUAGACCCAUACCUCACAAGCGUCCUGGAAAAAAACAGAACACCCUGCUUUUUCCUGCAAGAGCACUGGUCACUGUGAUCUCGCAUGGUUUUGCACUGAGAUCUCACCUUGAAAAAGCACAUACCGUAUUUUUCGCUCUAUAAGAUGCACCAGACCACAAGACACACCUAGUUUUUGGAGGAGGAAAACAAGAAAAAAAAUAUUCUGAAUCUCAGAAGCCAGAACAGCAAGAGGGAUCGCUGCGCAGUGAAAGCAGCAAUCCCUCUUGCUGUUCUGGCUUCUGGGAUAGCUGCGCAGCCUGCAUUUGCUCCAUAAGACGCACACACAAUUCCCCUUACUUUUUAGGAGAGAAAAAGUGAGUCUUAUAGAGCAAAAAAUACGGUAUUUUGGAGCCGCAAUCUUGUGCAGCGCUCCAAAACGUGCACUUUUUGAUGAGAGCACGCCCCCCCCCAUGUGUGUCUUUUGGGCUCUGUGAUCUCGUGCAGGUCACAUGACUUGCAGGGAGCACAGACAGGAAGUUCUACGUCGCUGUUUGGGGACUCUGUAUGUUGGUGGGUAUGGGGACCUUCCCUUGUCCGGGACAGAGCGUGAUUCUGCUACAACUUCCCAUUAUCCCUCCCAAGAAACACAUUUCUCCACUUGGAACUCAGGGCUGGGGGAAUUUCAGGGACGCACCCAGAACAUCUGAAACAAUGUUUGAUUCUCAGUCUGGAUUGACUACUAAUUUGGAUGCCACAUAUCACAGAGGAGCAUUAAUUCAGUUGCCAAGCCACAGCAGAAAUUGGUUGCUUGCUACUAAUAAUGUGUCCACACCUGCACACUCAAGUUUAAGGACAGACCACAUGAUAAACACGAGUCAGCAGUGUGAUGCAGCAGCAAAAAUGCCAAAUGCAAUUCUAGGCUGCCUCAACAGAAGCAUAGCAUCCUAUGGUAUUGUUGCGUUCUGCUUUGGUCGGACUGUUAUGUACUGAAGUUCUCACCCUGGGCCAGCAAGGGGAUACUGUAGAUAGUUUUCACUCAGGUCCACAUAUGCAAAUAAGGGGUUGAAAAUGACAUUCAGUGAUUGGAUAGUUACAGAAAGUGUUACAGUUGCGUUGCAGUUGAGCUCUAUAUAAGCAGGCUGGCUGAACUCUUCAGUUCAGUUCUGUUAUGGCCUGUGAAUAAACAAGAGCUGUUUGAAGAAUUGCUGUGUCGCCUGAUAUCUUCACCCACGACUUAACACAGACUUUGGCGGGGAUGCUGUACAUACUUCUGGGCACUGCGGUUUAGAAAGGAUAUAAAAUAAAUUGAAUAAAAGACCUGAAGAGCUGGAAGGGACCGCAAGGAUCAUCUAGUCCAGCCCCCUGCAGUGCAGGAAUCUUUCAGCCAACGUAGGGCAUUGAACCCUACGAUUAAUCUCAGUGACCCUGAGAUUUAAGGCCAGAGGAGGGUGGGAAAGACGAAGAGGGGAGAUUGAAGCAGUUGGGAAUCUUUAGCAUGGGGAAGAGAUAAAAUACAGUUUGAAAGGAUACAUCCAAAACCAAUGCAAAUUUUCAAGGUGGUUUUUAAAAGACGGAUGAGGGGAUGAGAAGGUGCUUGCGAAUGGACAUAUGUGAAUCGGACGCAGGGCGGAAAUAGACUGAUCCGUCCUACAUAAGCGUGGCCUUGGGAUGUGAAGUGGGGGUUAUAAAAAUAGACCCCUCAAAGGAGCAUGUUUCUCAGUAAAAGAUGCGAACUCUGUAUUGUGGGCAUCUGCACAGCGAGAGUCAAAUGCCUAGACUGGCUGGGGCCGCCAUGCCUGGCUGGCCUGUUGCAUCAGUUGUGCGCAUGAUAGAUGUGUCACGCACUGGAAUAAUAAGUGCAAGGCAUCCCCGUGGUUCAGCAUGGCAUUUUCAGCUGUUUGAGAUGUUUAAAUGUCAAGGCCCAUCAUAAAUUGGUCUCUGAAGCAACCUCUCACCCGACGCUGUACUCUGGGGGAAGGGCGCCUUGCAUGAAGAAAGCCGCAGGUUCAAAGCCCAGUGUUAAGUUGUGGGUGAACAUAUCAGACGACACAGCGAUUCUUCAAACAGCUCUUGUUUAUUCACAGGCCAGAACAGAACUGAACCGAAGGGUUUAGCCAGCCUGCUUAUAUAGAGCUCCACUACAACGCAACUGUAAUCACUUUCUGUAACUAUCCAAUCACUGAACGUCACUUUCAGUCCCUUAUUUGCAUAUGUGGACCUGAGUGAAAACUAUCUACAGUAUCCCCCUGCUAGCCCAGGGUGAGAACUUCAGUACAUAGCACCCAGCAUCUCCAGGUAGGGCUGGGAGAAAUCCUGCCUAAAACCCUGGAUAGCCACUGCCAGUCUGUACAGACAAUACUAAGUAAGAUUGACCAAUGAUCUGACUCAGUUUAAGGCAGAUCCCUAUGUUCCUGGUGCAAGAGAGCACACAGGGGUAUUCUUCACAACUUCUCUUCAAAACACACAAAAAUGGGCACUGGGCAUGUGCUGGUCCCCCCUUUCCAAGUAUUUUAAAAGUGGUGAAGAAUACACCAUUCCUGACCAGUCCUGCAUGUGUAUAGUCUGCCCUAUUCAAAUAUCCACUUUUAUUGAAUUUGGAGCUUGAGUUUGCUUCUCUUCCUCUUCCCUCCGCCUCCUCUUUUCCUUUUGUGUUGUGUGUUUUGCCAUCUACCCUGCACGGAGCUGCUAUCCCAGCGCCUUUAACAAACCACAGUUCCCAGGAUUCUUUGGGGGGGGGAAGCCAUGUGCAUUAAAUGUGCUUUAAAUGUAUGGGGUGAAUGUCACCAAGGCACGUGACUCAGGCUGCUGUCUGUAACUCCUUUUCUCGGAAAUGUUGCUUUAUAAGAGCUGAUAAGCCAACAGUGGGCUGAGAAGUAUCAAGCGCAAUAAAAGCAAGGGGAGUUGAGCAUUGCAGUAGAUUAACCUACACAGAAAACCUUUCACCUUUAAAUUGCAUCUCAGUUUGGCAACCCCAGAGGACAGGGAGCUAGAGGCAUCAAAAUGGCGCACAGUUGCACUCAUAAAAUUGGGUUUUAAGUGACUUGCUCUAAAACAGAUCCUAUGAAGCCUUUUUUUAAAAAGUGACAAUGAUAAUAUCAGGCAACAUACCUGAGAUUUUAUGACUACCAAAGUUCAUCUCGGAAAAGGUGUUUUGAGAAGAAAUCUGCCCUUUAGUCUCACUGUUAUAGAUCUGCAACAAAUAACAGCAUUGUAAUUAUUUGUGAAAGGUAUCACAGUGUCCCCCCCCCCUUUCUGUUUUCUUUGGGGAUUUGGGACUGGGUUUAGCAAUCCCUAAUUGCUGGAAGCCUCUCUCCCGUCUUUGGAAUGCCAUAUCCAUCAGAGUUGGGGAGAUGGUCAGAGAGACUGCUUGAAGCAACUUUGAAUUUAGGCAGAGCAGAGCUGGGCGUUUAAGCUGAGCAGGAAGCAAUGGGGCUGUGAGGGGUCCAAAAUAGGAGAUCAACAGUGAAAUCUUAUAUCUGUCUAGGAAAAAAAAUAAGCCCUGUUGAGUUCAACAAGACUUCUUUGCAAGGGCUCACCCUCACUGUUCCUUUGCUUUCGGGGUUAACAACCGCAGGGCUUGUUUUUAGUACUGUGCGCAGGUGGCGCUGUGGGUUAAACCACAGAGUCUAGGACUUGCCGAUCAGAAGGUCGGAGGUUCGAAUCCCCGUGACGGGGUGAGCUCCCUUUGUUCGGUACCAGCUUCUGCCAACCUAGCAGUUCAAAAGCACGUCAAAGUGCAAGUAGAUAAAUAGGUACCACUCUGGUGGGAAGGUAAACGAUGUUUCCGUGCUUCUCUGGUUCGCCAGAAGCGGCUUAGUCCUGCUGGCCACAUGACCUGGAAGCUGUACGCCAGCUCCCUCGGCCAAUAAAGCGAGAUGAGCGCCGCAACCCCAGAGUCAGCCACGACUGGACCUAAUGGUCAGGGGUCCCUUUACCUUUAGGCCAGAUUUAGCAGUGUGGCCAUCAGUUGUUAACCAGGAUCAUACAUUAUCUGGACCCUGAAGCAGUAAGCUUCCUAGCAGGAGGGUAAGGCUUCAUUCCACAAAUGGGCAAAUGCUGGGAUAGCUCAGCUGGUAAAACACAAGACUCUUAAUCUCAGGUUCGCAAGUUCGAGCCCCUCAUUGGGCAAAAGAUUCCUGCAUUUCAGGGGGUUGGACUAGAUGACCCUCGGGGUCCCAUCCGACGCUACAGUUGUGUGAUUCUGUGAAGUAGUAUUUCUACUGGUGCUGGAACUCUGGCACACAUCUUAGCGUAUCUAUCUUUGUCCCUGUUGCAGAUGAGAAGACCCUGGGAGUUUUAAACAGCUCGGGCCACAAAAGCCACAUACUUUGUCAAGGACACAGGACGGCCUCAUUCCCCUCUGUGAAGGAGCGGUCAGUUCUCUAUCUGUCUCAGGCAGCAGCUGCCGCUGCAGAUCUCCCCGGUGGUCUGACAGAAUCCGUAAGUUUCUCAGCCUUGACAUUCCUCCCAUUUUUCUGAGCUAAAAGAAGUAUUUGAGCCAUGCCUUCCUCCGGCAAAUGGUCAUACUGAAGUAGAGGAGAAUUGGGGCACAGGGUGGGAGGGUGGAUGCUAUUAUGGGAGUGUGUUUUUGUGGUCAUCUCCCUCUGUCCAAGUAGCUAAUGUACAAUGCAUAGAUCUGAAAAGGCUGUAGGGCAAUUUUAAAAGUCCAAAUAGUUGCAGACACUGUGUUCAGAUUGGCAUCAGCUUGUUUCAGGGUAUAGCCAUGCGAUUGCUUAGUUGGUUAGAGCAUGGCGCUGAUAAUGCUAAGGUUGCAGGUUCAAUCCCCAUAUGGGAUUGAAUAUUUCUGCAUUUCUGGGGGUUGGACUAGAUGACCCUAGCUCUACAAUUCUACAAUUCUAUGAUAACUAGCAUGAAUUAGGAAUGGUGGAGAAAUCCAACCUGGUUCACAUUUCAGCAUUAACCAUCCUAAUUUGAACUUCCAACACAAUGUGUUGACCGAAGCACAGCUCUCCUUCAAAAUUUGUUCUUCUGAUUUUGCAAUGCAGGUCUCCAACCAAAUCAUGUGUGCAAAAUUAAUAUAUUAGGGGGGUGGCUCUUUAGAAAUGGAUAUAUUAGUGAAAACAACAAAAGCAAAAAAUGGAUUUUAUUAAGGAAAAUUUGCUUGCAAUACAAAAAUGUAUAUAUUAGGAGAAAUUUGCACUAAAACGCUGGUGAUUUUUUAAAUGUCUUUUUAAAAAUGCCUACUGACGAACUGAACUUACUACUGGAAAAAUGAGGAGACAGAAAUUGAAAAUGAUAAAAUACAGCCAACCCAACAUGAAUCCAGAGUGCUCUUGAUGCAAAACAGAUCAGGGCUCCUGCACAUUUAACAGUCAUAUAGAAGAGGACCCUUCUAGGGGUGCAGCAAUAAAACCGCUAGCACAUUUGAAAAAGCUAAGCAGGGUUCAGUGUGACUUCAAAUUGGAUGGGGGACCGCAUGUUGAGAUUCACGCAUUGCGUGGGGUUGGACUAGAUGACCACCGUAGUUCUCUUCCAACUCUACAAUUCUAUGAUUUUAUUAAAGAGCCUGGUUGCCAAAGGUGGCCAAAUGGCCACCUAGCAUCCUUUUCUCCUGGGGGCCAACCAGGUGCUCCACAGGGAUAAUAAUAAUAAUAACAACAACUUAUUUAUUACUUAAACCCCGCCCAUCUGGCUGGGCCUCCCCACUCUGGCUGGGCCUUUCCCACUCUGGGUGGCAAAAAACACGAUAAAAUCUCAAACAUUAAAAACUUCCCUAAACAGAAUUGCCUUCAGAUGUCUUCUAAAAGUCAGAUAGUUGUUUAUUUCCUUGACAUCUGAUGGGAGGGAACGCAAUGAGGGAACCGCCACAAGGGCCCUGGUGCUGGACCUCAGUGUUCAGGUUGUAUGAUGUGGGUGGAGACGCUCCUUCAGGUAUACUGGGCUGAGGCCGUUUAGGGCUUUAAAGUUCAGCACCAACACUUUGAAUUGUGCUCGGAAACGUAUUGGGAGCCAAUGCAGGUCUUUUAGGGAAACCCUCCAGGAAGACCUGAGCACAUCAGUAUUCUGACCACCUGUGAGUCCGAGCAACUGGUACCCAGAGGUGAACUUUCCCUGACACUGGAAGCAGUUGUAUAACCAUUGUGGCUAGUAGAGAUUGAUUGCCUUACCCUCUAAUUCGUGUUAAAGCCAUCCAAGUGCGUGUCCAGCACUGCAUACUGCCUGAAUUUUAACAGCUGGAAUUCCCUCUUCUACACAGCUGUCAAAAGUGCAGGACCCCUGCUCUCUUUUUCAUGUGCCCACCCUGCCAAAGAACCUGGGGGAUAACAGUUGGUGAGAGUGCAGAGGAUUCUCUUUUGGGAACCCCCAUCUCCCCGAUCCCAUCCUAUGCUGCUGCCACAGUGAACUACAACUCCCAGAAUUCCAUGGCCAGUGGCAGAGGCGGGUUUGGGGCAGGGCCCAAGGGGACGUCUUCUCAUCUCCUUCCCAAAGCCUAGUUAGCUCUUGCCCAGCUUUGGGAAGGAGGAGGAGGGCUCUAGGACCCUGCCAGAGCCACAUGCCUCCUUCCCAAAACCUGCUCCUCCCUUACCCGGCUUUGGGCAGGCAGCUUUGGGCUGGAGGGUCAUGUGUCAAAUUUUGGCCCUGCACAGGGUGCCAGAUUACCAAGGUCCACCCCAGGCUCGUCAAACCAGUCUAUGCAUGUAGAGCAGGAUAAAUACGCCUUCACUAUGGUGAAACUGAAAGAUCAGAAUAUUAAGAUAAAAUAGCUUUAGUGAAAUGCACCUAUACACUGACAUUGAAUUUGGUAUUUCCAUAUUUGUAGCUUACAGGCCUACCAAUAUGUAUUUAGUGAUGUGUGUGUGUGUGUGUGUGUGUAUGUAUACAUAUAUAUAUAUAAGUAUAAAUCUACUUUCUGUGUUUCGUUCAGAAUUUCAUACACAAGAUCCCUUUGUAAUUCUCCGCAUAACCAGAAAGCAAAUAAGGUAGGAAAUGCUACAAACAUAGGUGUGGUUGCCUAAUCCAGUAUCUGUAGGCGGUUGUGCGGUUUAUGCUAACAAUGAAUGCAGGCUUUGUGUCUUACGCUGAGCUUCAACAUCACCUUGUGUUUUAAACCUCACUAAUGUGGAAUUGGCGGAAAGCACUAAACGGCAAUUGAAACUGGAGUGAUUUGCAGUUUGGUUUGCAGUGUACUGAUUUCUGUUGUUGUUGCGUUGCUGUUGUUUACUAAUACGCUGUCCAUCCAGACUUUUGUUUACUGGAAAUGCUUGUGCAUCCAAUUGAGGGACUCAUCCUGUACAAAAAGCGGGUGGGACUCACCUGUUUAAAUUCUGAGCUACCCAUUGCAUUCUCUGCGAUGUCGGAUUCCACUCAAUGGCACCCUCUGUGCAUCAGUUUCAAACACGGAAGGCGCAAUAUACCAAAAUCCACACUUUCCAAAUUGAAAUACAGAGCUUCUUUGGGAGGGACCUCCUCUAAAUUUUGCAGUGCGGUUCCCCAACCAAUGAAUGCAUACAAAAUGUGUACAUUAGCAAAAGCUGCAUGCAUUAAAAGAAUGCAUUUUUUAAAAUGUACAAAAGUGCAUUGAAUUGAGGGGAAUUGAUUGCCAAAUUUAAUUAACUGUGUGCCAAGAAAAAGUGUCUAUUAGGACCAACGUCCAUGGAGAGGCGUAUGAAUUCUCAUGCAAACAUUAUUUAUUUAUCGCAUUGCUAUGCUUCCUUUUCCUCCAAGGAACUCAAGGUGGGGUACAUGGUCCUCCCUCUCCUCAUUUAAUCACAACAACAACCCUGUGAGGUAGUGAGAGGCAGUGACUCCAUGGCCAUGUUAGGAUUUGAACCCUGGUCUCCUAGGUCCUAGCCCCAAACUGUAGCAUACUGGUUCAAAAAUUCACAAAUGUAUGUGAAAAUGGGGCAAACCGAAUUCAAGACUGGGAAAACGUGUUGUUCUCUAACCAUGUGGUGCUCUCGGGAGCAAUGGUACCCUCAAGGUCUUCCUUUGCUACCCAUGAAGCCUUUGAACCACCACUCAUUUCCCCCUCGGUCAUGAGGUGGUGAGGUUCUCUUUUCCUGUCACAAAAAGGACAUAGAGUUGAAGAAGGAAGUGGGAAGACUGACACUCCUUCCCACUUCCUCUUUGAGCUCUAUGCACUUUCCAAGGCUCAGAUUCAUCUACAAGAUUCAGCCUUUAUUCAGAUCUCUUGGAAAAGCAAAGCACGAAUACGUCCCUUUCUCUCUUUCUGCCUCUUUGGCAGGGUAUUGCAGAUAUUAAUAUUGUGUAGCUUCAAGCGGUUGGGUGCAUGAAAACAGACUCAUUUUGGAAAUAGCACAUUACCAAGGCCCAUAAGUUGAAUUAAAAACUUUACUUGCAGAACUUUGUUCAAAGCAUAACAAAAACAUCAGAUGAUACAUCCAAACAGUUCUGUAAGACAUAUUUCAGUCCAAAGCAUAGGCUCAGCAUCUUACAAAAUAUGAAAUAAUUCCAGCAGAGGUCUGUCUCUUCCCACAUCCUGCAUUCCUGCCUGGGGCUGUGCUCCUGGAGAACUUCAUUUACAUCCUCACUCUCACAGAGCCUGAGAACAAAAAGCUCCAGCCACCACCCUUCCAAGAUGGUGAAUUUGCAGUUCAAUGUCUCUCAUAUGAUCUAAAGUUAAACACUCAUGUGUUAGCUAGCAGAAAACAUCAAUAGUUAAUUGUCAACUGAGUUAAAGCUCAGUCUCUUAGAAUGCUGCAGUGGAAUUUUCCAAUGUUAAACCUUUCAGCAAUACGCAGGCAUUCCCAUACCAGUGUGAAUUAAACAAUUAUACUUAACACAGGGGAGCUGAUCUUGGAAAGGGAGGAGAGAAGUGACCAGAGGUCAUGGCACCUGCACUCGCUCAAAAAUCGAAAUGCACCCAUGGACUUGAAAAGGUUGGCAACCCCUCUUCUAGCUAAAUAGAAACAUAGGACUUAAAAACUGAAGAAACAAGCACCUGGGAAGAGUUUGUGUUGUAGCUUCUCACUGGAGUUACGGGUGUCUUUAGCACCACUAACCGGAAACUAGUCGUGGUUGUUCGAGUUUGCAGUGGUGUGACCCUUGUUGUGCUUUGCAGGUAUGGAAUGAACACGCAGCUAGGCAUAUUAACCCAAGUUGCUGCAUGGAUUUGACCUUUCUCACUAACAAACUGACGAAGGGAUUAUGCUGACUUUAAAAAAAAUAAAAUUGUUUCCUUAAAGAUGGCAGAAGCUCAGAACGAAAAGUCUUCCAAGGCAAACAUCAAGUCGGAUGAGGAUUUGCUCCCACCUCCUCCUCCCCAGGAUUCUGCCUCAGCCGCAUCUUCCGCUCCCGCGACUCAGGAUACUAACCCUCUGCCUCCACCUCCUCCCAAGGAGUCCUUCUCCAGGUUCUACCAGCAGCGUCAGGUGAAUGAGCUGAAGAGACUUUACCGCCAUAUGCACCCAGAGCUGAGGAAAAACCUGGAAGAGGCUGUGUCAGAGGACCUGGCAGAGAUGCUGAGCACCGACGACCCUGGCGCACAGGCCAUAGUGAAUCUAGAUGCGGUCCUUCCAGGAGAGGUACAAUCCAUGCGCUGGAUCUUUGAGAACUGGACGCUGGACUCCAUUGGAGAACGCCAAGCCGCCAAGAAGGUGACCGAGGAGGAAGGCAUCCCGAGCGGAGACGUGAAGAACAGGUCCAUGAGGUUUGAAAGCCAGCUGUUCAACGGAGACAACCUGGUCCCUUCGGCCCAGGCAUCUGAGAAGGAACAAGCCAAAGGGGAUGUACACACGGCUCGGUGGUUGUUUGAAACCCAGCCGCUAGACUCCUUGAACAAAAUGUAUUUGGAUGAGACCGACUUGCAAGAGGCAGUCCUCAAAGAGCCCGUGCAGAGAGGGGAUGUGAAGGGGGCUGCCCGGCUCUUUGAAACCCAUUCCUUAGACGCCUUGGGCCGCUGCAGUUCGGUGGAGGAGCAGAACAUCUUGCAGCUGAAGUCGGAGAUUCAAGAGCUCAAAGGCGACGUCCAGAAAACCGUCAAGCUCUUCCAAACCGAGCCCCUCUGCGCCAUCAGGGACAAAACAGGAAACAUGCACGAAAUCAAAUCUGUCUGCAGAGAGGAAAUACAGAGCAAUGCCGUGAAGACGGCCCGCUGGCUCUUUGAGACCCAGCCUCUGGACACGAUCAACAAGGACACCUCCAAAGUGCAAGUCAUCCGAGGGAUAUCGCUGGAGGAGGUGGCCCCGGGGAACGUCAGCGGAGCAAAAUGGAUGUUCGAGACGCAGCCCCUGGAUGCCAUAAGGGAAUUUACCGUGGAAGAAGCAGACUUCAAGGCUUCUCCAGACCUUAUCCAGGGGACCGAUGUUAGUAAACAGUGCCUCCUUUUUGAGACACAGCCUCUUGACGCCCUGAAAGGAGAAGCCUCCGACAGCAUCCCAGCCAAGGAGGAAGUUAUCAAAGGCGACGUGAAGUCAACCCUUUGGCUGUUCGAAACCCAGCCAAUGGAGACGCUGAAGGAUGACUUUGAAGUGGGUCAUUUGAAGAAAGUAGAGCUUUCAGAGGAGGAGAAAGGAGCGGUGAGGCAAACAAAGCACGUCUUCGAGACCUGUCCUUUGGGCAGCAUCUCCAAAUCUCCACCUGAGGACUCCUCGGCCACCAGCGUACAAGAGGUGGAGAAAGGCGACGUGAAGGCCUUCAAGAGCCUCUUUGAGACCCUCCCCUUAGAUAGCAUCAGGCAAGCGAGCACCGAGGAGGCUAUCAAGGAAGGAGAGGAAAUAGUUCCAGGGAACGUCAAAGCCAAUCAGCUUCUGUUCGAGACGACGCCUCUGUACGCCAUCAAGGACAGCUUUGGGAACUUCCACAAAGUCACCUCUGUGAGCAGAGAAGAGGAAGUUGUGGGCGGAGAUGUCAAGAACUACAAGUGGAUGUUUGAGACCAAGCCCUUGGACCAGUUUGAUGACAGCAUCCAAAAAGUGGACCUUAUCAAGGGGAUCACUAAGCAGGAGGUGGUUGCCGGGAACGUGGAGACAGCCAAGUGGCUUUUUGAGACACAGACCAUCGACGUUAUCCACAGUCAGAUGAACCAGGCAGAGCAGAAGGUCUCCGAGAAAGGAGACUCUUCCCAAGGGGGUGACGUGAAGACCUGUAGGUGGUUGUUUGAGACACGCCCAAUGGACACCCUGUAUGAGAAAGGGGAGGAGAAGAAGCAGGAUGGAGAAGAGCCUGUGCCGCGAGCAGAUGUCAAGUCUUGCACAUGGAUGUUUGAAACACAGCCCUUGGAUUCCCUGAAAGGCCAAGAGGAACAAUAUCUGCAGGUCAGCAAGACCUUUUGCCAGGACGAAUUGCAAGGGGUGGAUGUGAAAACGGCCAGGCACCUGUUUGAGACGGAACCCUUAAUCAAUAACGUCACUAGUGACGCAGAUUCAAAGAAAAUAAUCCGGUACUCCAGCCGUGUGGAGAUCCAGUCCGGUGAAGUGUCCAGGGUGAAGGAGUUUUUUGAAGCGAAGCCCUUAGAUUCAGCUGGUAAGUUCAGCCCGUCCAUGAAGGCCAUCAAUAUCCCAACAGAUGGGAACAUCGAGGCAGGAGCAGUGCACAAGUUUACCUGGCUCUUUGAAAACUGCCCCAUGGAUACCUUGAAAAGCAGCACGGAGGGCAUUCAAGAGGUGCCCCCUGAAAAGGACAUCCGAGGUGGAGAUGUCGGAGGCAAGAGAUUCGUCUUUGAAACCUACUCCCUGGAUCAGAUCCACAACAAAGAGAAUGAGAUGCAAAUCAAGAAAAUCCAGGAGGAGACCAUGAACAAAGACAGCGUCAAGUCUUGCACAAUGCUAUUUGAAACACAGCCUCUUUACGCCAUCCAGGACAGAGACGGAGGAUACCAUGAAGUCACAUCUGUGAAGAAGGAAGAAAUCAUGAAAGGGGAUGUAAAAGGCGCCCGGUGGCAGUUUGAGACCAAACCCUUGGACCAGAUCAAGAAAGACGAAGAGGUGUUUGUGAUCAGGGCUGUUACCCAAGAGGACGUCAAGAAGGGAGAUGUCCAAACAGCCAGGUGGAGGUUUGAAACAGAGCCUCUGGAUUCCAUCGCUGAUGAGAAGAGGCCUGUCUUGAAAACUGUUGAUGACGUGCCAAAGGGGGACGUCCAGUCCAACAAGCAACUCUUUGAAUCAGAGCAAGUGAGUCAAAAGAAGUACGUGAGGAUGGUCAGUGUCAGUGAUGUCCAGCAAGGAGAUGUGAGGACAUCUACCUGGCUUUUUGAAAACCAGCCUAUUGACUCCCUCAGAGGAGAAUCUGAAAGCACCUCCAGCCUGAACACAGUACAGAGGGAGGACAUUGCCAAAGGGGAUGUGAAACGCUGCACGUGGCUGUUUGAGACUCAGCCCAUGGACAGCCUGAAAGACACAGAGGCUUCUGCGAGUGCUGAGCCCCAAGAGCUGGUCCCUCAGGCCGACGUGAAGAGCACCACGUGGUUGUUUGAAAGCACGCCUCUGGACAAGCUCAGCGCUUCUCAACACUGCACAGAAACAGAAGUUAGGGAGAGAACCAUAAAGGAGACUUUGGAAGUUCUCUUCUCCUACCAAGUGAUCCAACACGACGGCAUCCUUAUCGAAGCCAACGACAUUGAGAGCGUCAAGAUGGCCAAGUAUCAACUCAGCAGCCAAGGAGCCCCCGAAAUCCAGAAGGAAGAGGUCAUGGGAGGCAACCUGCAAAGGAUCUUGAUGCGGCUGCUUCAGAGGCCCAACGUGGAGAGCCAGGGGAUUUUGGUGCAGGAAAAAGAGAGUGGGGAUAUCAAAAUCAGUGCGGUGCAGCUAUUGGAGUCUGGCAAGGCUGAAAAGAGCCAAGAGGAGUUGAGCAGCAAUGCGGCAAAGGCUCUCCAACAAAUUCUUAGCCAAGACGCCUCAAGCAAGAAAGGGAUCGUUAUGCAGGAGACACAAAUGGGGUCAGCAAACUUGACCAUCUACUCUCUCCUUCACCGCGUUGCUCAACAGCAGCAGUUUGUCAAGUCGACGAUUGGGAAUCUGCUGGCUUCUGCCCAGGAGCAGAGGGCAAGGGCCACCGUCCGGCGAGAGGACAAUGAGAGAGGCAAUGUCCAGCUGUACACCAGCUGCAUCGAAAAGGGAGACUUGGAUUACUUAAAGAACCUCCAAAGGGAUUCUGAGAUAGAGGGCCUGGUUUCCUCGCAAGCAAAAGAGGAGUCCCUGAAAACGGUGGAAGAGGUCAGAGUAUCUCCUGCCCAGCUGCAGGAGGGAAAAACUGUGACAGCAGCAGCAGACAUUGUGCUGGGGAAUAGCAGUGGGGCUAAGCGAGUGGUCUUAUGUGAGAGCAAAGAAGGUACAUUAGAAAGGAAAGCGAUGCAUGCAAGUGACCUAGGUUCCUCUGCGCAUUGCCCUGCGCAAACCCCGCCCCCUGUGAUAGUCAAAGAAGGUCUUGUUUCUGGGGGUGUUAAUUUGCCCAUGGAGUCAGUGCAAAAGGCACAGAAUGGUAGCCACAAGGUAGCCAGAGAAGAACACAUUAUCUUGGGCAACAGGAGAGAGGGCACAGCCGUCAUCACCACCACCACCACCACCAAGGUGGCAGAUCAGGAGGAUAAUACAGCUGGGGUGAGCCACUGUUCCACGGUCGGGGAAGCCAGCCAGAUGGCAGCACAGCCCAAAACGCAGGUUCUGGGGAGUGACCUUCAAGCAGCGAUGCAAAGCCUACGGCUAGCCACAGCAGAGGCCCAAAGCCUCCAACACCAGGUCCAGAGCAAGCUGCAGAAGACGACCGAAGAGAUUCACUUGAGCCCCGCGCAACCCCAGGCUGCCGUGCAAUCCAUUGCAGCAAACACAGAGGGCUGCGUGGCCACCAAGCAGCAGCAGCAAGCGAGCAACGUCACCUUCCUCCGCGUGCAGGAGGCCUCCAGGUCCCAUGCAAGCGUGUCUCAGAAGACCAUGGUGUCCCACGCAAAGGUCAGUGCUUCUGAGGAAGUCCAGGGAGGUGCGCUGCCCCUUGCAGCCUGCCCGGACGGCCGAGCUGCGCCUAGUGCAGGUCUUAGUAUUAAGGACGGCCUGUAUACUGCCACGCCAGUGAAGUCCUAUGUAAACCCGUUUGUGGAGUCUGAUUACAGAGAGCACUGUUCCGUUCCAGAAGAACGAGAGCAAGAGGCGAUAAUCAGAGGGGAUGUAAAGACCGCUAUCCGGGCCCUCCAGAGUGCCGCCACAGAACAAAGAGACAAAGUAGACAAAGAGGACGUUGUCCGUGGCAACUUAAAAGCCGCGCUCGAGUCCCUGGAGAAGUCUAACGUUAAUGUCUCCAAAGGAGAUUUUAAAGCGGCCAUGAUAUACAGGAAUGCAGGGCUGUCCCAUUCCACUUGUAAAAAGAAACACGAGUCUCAGUCUGUUAGUAGUCAGGCAGCUGCUGUAGCGGCUUCAGGCUCGCAAGCUCUUAAUGACUUUCCUCCUCCUCCUCCAGCUUCAGCUUCAGUGAUGGCCGAAGGCAUCUCGCCACCCCCAAGCAAACUGAGAGAAGCAGAGGCUGUAGAGCAUUGCCUACCCACCCCACCCCAUGUUCCUCAGACUCUCCCUCCUCCAUCUGCCAAGCCCAGCAACCAGCGUCAUUUAGAGAAGCCGCAGCUUCCCCCCAAGCCCGACGUUCUCGCCCCACCAAGGAAGAAACCUGUCCCACCUCCGAAACCAGACUUCCUUUUGAAGGAAGCGCCGCCCCACCCUCCCUGCUGCAGGAAAGGGCAGUUGGGAAAAGCGGUGCCUCCCCUUUCCCCACCCAAACCUCCAGCCACAACUGAGCAGGACAAACCUAUGGCUUCCCCCACGAACCAAGCCAGGGCACCUGGGGAGGCUGACGCAGGGAAGAAAUCUGCAUGUGGAGACGAUUCGACAGGUUGCCCCGUGCCGACUGUCAUCACGGACGUCGCUUUUGAGAAGAGGGCCACGAAAAGUACCGUCAAGACCCCUCUGCAAGUAGCGGAAGAAAAAUAUAAGGCAAAGAAGGAAGAGCAGAGCAAAGUGGAAGUGUCUUCAUCAGAGAUUAAAAAUGGGUCGGUUGCCUGCGGAGGAGGGAACUGCCAUCCUACUACCCAAAUCCAAGGAUCCCUGGAGUUGGGCCAGCAAGAAAAGAGUUGUUUGCUGGCUGACAAGCAAGACUCUCUCUCGCCUCUUGGAUGCCAAAUGGGUCUUCCUAAUUUGGAGGGUCAGAGGAAGCCAUAUCUCUCUGCAACAUGCGAGGCCAAUAUUCUGAGGAAAGGAACCGUCACAGCCCAUGUCUCCUCAUCGAAGAUAGAAAAGGCAACCGUCAUUGGAGCCUCUGCUACAAAGAGAAUGAGUCCAAGGGCACAAGAAGAGACACCAGGAACUUCUGGUUCAAUGUCUUCACAAUCAAAGCAGUUCUUUAAAGGGCACCAGUCUGUGAGCAGCAGGGGGUUAGGAGAACCGGAAGCGAAGGCUGAACAAGAGACGGAAAAGGAAAAGCCAGUUGUGGUCAUGCGGGAGAAAACGUGCAGAGAAACCGAAGACGAACGUCGCAAGAGGCUGUCUGUUCACAAGGAGGAGAUCAUGAAAGGGAACGUCAAGGAAGCCAUGGAGAUAUUUGAGAACCUGCGAAGGCAAGAGGAGCUCCAGGAAAUCCUAACCCGGGUGAAGGAGUUUGAGGAGGAAACCUCCAAGGUGGAUGUGAAAGCCUUGAGAAGUCUCUUCGAGAACGUCCCUGAGUGGGUGGUGUAUCACAAAGCUCACCUGGCGAAGCAGCCCAAGGCGGAGAAGGCUGGGCAGAUGAAGGAAGCACGUGAAGAUGCCGACAGCGUUUCUUCGGUGGAGUUAGCCUUUGAAGAUCUGGAGAGAGCCAGUGCUGAGAUCAUUCAUCUAAAGGAGCAGACCCUGAGCAGGCUGCUAGACAUUGAAGAGACCAUCAGGAAAGCCCUGUAUUCUAUUUCCAGCCUGAAAUCCGAAUCAGACAUAGCUGGGCUCUCCGGACUUCUCAAGGAGUCUCUUGGGAGUUCCCAGGGCCUUGCAGCCGGCAACAACAUCCGCAAGAUCAGCAUUGUCUCCAGCAAAGCCAAACAAGAGAGAGGGGUGCAGAACUCAUCCUGUGAAGAGGAAAGGAGGCACGAGGUGCCCAAAGUGGAGCUAGGGGUCCCCUGCAUUGUUCAGCCUCGAGCCACUUCUCCUUCCUCCCCUUCCUAUAUCUCCAUUCAGUCGGCUGCACGGAAGACCGCAGAAUCCCCCAAAAUGGCGCGUUCCUCUUCCUCAGACUACUUGGACAGGGCAGCAGAAAGGGACACGUUCGCUCAGGAUAUUUUUAGCUCCUUGCCACGUCACUCGGUGAGGUCUGACGGCUGCAACUUGACCUUCAGUGAAGGUGAGCAGGAACUCAUCAAGAUGAAAAAAGGGGGGAGCUUAAUUAAGCAGCAAUAUCUCCGUAGUCCCGACCAUCUCCAACAUCACCUUAGCAGCAAUGGUGAUCAGGAACGGGAGACACCCCAAAGCUUGACCCAAGGAGGAGUAGCUCCCCUGAGCUCUUUAAGCCCAUCAAAUCCACGAAGGCAGAAAAGCAUACUAGAACUUCAGACGAGUUCCGAUGGAUCCAAGCUCUAUGGGGCUACUCGAACCGUAACAGAACAGUAUGAGGAGGUGGACCAGUUUGGAAACAAAAUCAUCACUUCUUCCACCACCGUCACCAAACAGUCAGAGACUCAGACCUCCUCCACAUGCGACAUGGUCUCCUGCCCUACUAGAUAUGAAGUGACCGCCUCUCCAAUCCUUCGUAGGUACCUGAACAGCCCAGCAGAAGACUUCCACUCCAACGGAGGCAACCAGGAAACAGGGGUGGUCUAUGUCACUUUCAGCAACUCCAAGCCUGCCAAAAAAUGAAUCAGAUAACAGUGAAGGCGGGUGGUCUACCAGGUAGCUAACCUCACCCCAGGGCUGAAGGUUAAGCCGGCUGGUUUUAAUAAGACCCAAAUGUCUUUAAUCCAGUAUGUUCAAGAUAAAGGAACUGUAAAUUACGGAAAUUGCAUGACAGGAGAAGCUCUUCAGCUUCGCAAAACUUUUGCAGAACAGUCUUAGGGUUUGUGUAAGACUGUGACUGAUGAACUCCAAACCGGUUCUUGAAGAGGAUGGCUUCCUGCCAUCACAAUACAGACCUGGAUUUCAAGCUGAAGGGAAAGAGAUUGGGGCAACUGCUUUUAAGAGUGGGCCCUGUGUUUAAGACUUCUUCUAAGGCUUGCCCUGCUGUCCUAGGCCAACGGUCCAACAGUCUUUCCCAAAAAAUAGACAAUCAGAUGUUCAAAGCAGAGGUCAAAGAGACAGACACUGGACACAACUAAAGAACCAGGGAGCCAAUAUUUUGGGGGGAUCACCAGUGUCGAAGCAAUGAUUCUUCAACAUCAACUUCUUUGGACUGGUCAUGUUGUGUGGAUGCCUGAUGAUCGUCUUCCAAAGCAACUACUCUAUUCUGAACUUAAAAAUGGAAAGCGUAAUGCUGGUGGUCAACAAAAGAGGUUUAAAGACUGUCUCAAGGCAAAUCUUUAAAAAAUGUAGUAUAAACACCAACAAUUGGGAAACACUUGCCUGUGAGCACUCCAGUUGGAGAACAGCCUUUACCAAAGGUGUUAUGGGCUUUGAAGACGCUCAAACUCAGGACGCAAGGGAGAAACGUGCUAAGAGGAAGGCACGCUUGGCAAAUCCACACCGUGAUCAACUCCCGCCCGGAAACCAAUGUGGAAGGACAUGUGGAUCCAGAAUUGACCUCCACAGUCACUUAACGGAUUCAUUGUUAAAACCGUGUUUAUGGAAGACAAUCUGACUCGGCUACGAGGGAUCGCCAAAGAAGAAGAAGAUACUCAAUCUGCGGUGCCCUUCCCCCACCUCUUAUUUUGAUUGACAGAAGCCCCCCAACCUAUUUUGUCCCCUUACUCUCACUUCCCUCCAUGCCAUUUGCCCACAGACACACCCAUGACUUCUCUAUAGCUAGAAAUUGAAAUAGUUUUUAUCACAGCUGUCAAUAGCUUUGGCAUUAUUACAUUUCCAACAGGAUAUUUAGAGCUAUUCAUAUGUAGCAAGAGAUCCGUAUCAGGAUGAAAUACAUAAACCCAUAUUUAAGAAUUCCUAUCAUUGUUUUUCCCUCUUAAUGAGAAAAUGCAGGGAGGGAUUCUAGAAAAUACCAGGGUGGUUUUUUUUUGGCAUAUUGAUGGUUAUUGCUUUCCUCUUUUUUAAAAAACAAACUAGAACUGUAAUUUAUUAUUCAUUGUUAACAUGUCUUUUAUUCUUAGACUCCUCACUUUCUUACCUGUUCAGUAUUUAAAUCAAUUGUGAAACCAUGUAAGAACAAUUUUAUUACAACGUUUUGUAUAUUCUCAAGUGAAGGUUUUAGGUAUUUUGUGGUUGUUUUUUUAAAAAUUUGCAUUCUGAAGGUAAAUUUGACUUCUGAAAAAUAACUUGAGUCUGUUUGUUUGUCUGCGUGGGCGCGCUUAGCCAAAAGAGUUAAUUCCUUUGAAAUCACGCAUCAGAUCAUUUCUCUUCAUGAAGUAGUUAAACCUGUCUAUUAAAAGAGCCAGGUGGGUUUUAAAUGACCAUGAAACAACAAUGAAAAUUCCUGAACACUUUUACAAUGUGGUGUGAUGGGGGUGUUUUUUUCUUAGCCAAAGACCUGUUUGUUAUUUUAUUUAAACUGACCAUUUCAACAGCAGUCAGACAUUCUUCAUUUCCUUAUUUCUCUUCCAAUUACAGCAGUCUGGUGUACAGAAGUUAAGAAAGUAAAGAGAAUCACUUUUACUAGCUGAGUGAUGGGGAAAACUUCCACAUUCUUAAUCCCUGUUCAAGGUUGCCUACAUUUCUUUAUGUCAGACUGCUAUUAAAGAAAAGAGGAUUAAGAUAAUACAUAUCUUUUUAUGUAUGAAUCAAAUUUAUAGACCUCUGCAUGGCAUAAAGCCUUCAAAAUGGUAUACAGGGUGAAAACAGAAUAAAACAGAAACACAAGCUCUAAGGACAUCAAAAUCGAUUCAAUGAACUUAAAAAUAUAUAUAAACCAUCCAUACAAACCUUAAAAAGGAGAUUCAUUAUAAAGGAGAUUCUGACCAAACACCAGGAAUAACUUUCUGACAGUAAGAGCUGUUCAACAAUGGAAUGGACUCCCUCAGAAUGUGAUGGACUCUUCUUCCAAUGGAGGUUUUUAAGCAGAGGUUUGGAUGUUCAUCUCUCAUGGAUGCUUUAGCUGAGAUUCCUGCAUUGCGCGGGGUUGGACUAGAUGACCCUUGGGGUCCCUUCCAACUCUUAAGAUUCUAUGAUUCUAUGACUUCCAGCUCCCUGUCCUGCAGCUACAUAUAAUAUUCAUUCCUUAAAACCCAACCAUUCUGUCUUCUAUAACCCUGCAUUAUUCCAAUAUUCAAACCCCGAUAUUACCAGUUCAUUUUCUGUUUCACUCAAAAAGUCCGUAAGAAAUUUCCAUUCCUUAACAAAUGUAUUGAUUUCCCCCCCUGUCUCUAAUCAAGCUUCGCCAUCUCAGCCAGAUCCAAUAAUUUCAUCAGCCGUUCUUCUAUAGCAGGGGUCAGCAACCUUUUUCAGCAGGGGGCCGGUCCACUGUCCCUCAGACCUUGGGGGGGGGCAGACUAUAUUUUUUGGGGGGAAAUGAACGAAUUCCUAUGCCCCACAAAUAACCCAGAGAUGCAUUUUAAAUAAAAGGACAUGUUCUACUCAUGUAAAAACACACUGAUUCCUGGACCGUCCGCGGGCCGGAUUGAGAAGGCAAUUGGGCCGGAUCCGGUCCCCAGUCCUUAGGUUGCCUACCCCUGUUCUAUAAAAGGUAAAGGUAAAGGGACCACUGACCAUUAGGUCCAGUUUUGGCAGACUCUGGGGUUGCGGUGCUCAUCUCGCUUUAUUGGCCAAGGGAGCCAGCGUACAGCUUCUGGGUCAUGUGGCGAGCAUGACUAAGCCUCUUCUGUCAAACCAGAGCAGUGCACAAAAACACCGUUUACCUUCCCGCCAGAGCAGUACCUAUUUAUCGACUUGCACUUUGACGUGCUUUCGAACUGCUAGGUUGGCAGGAGCAGGGACCAAGCACCGGGAGCUCACCCUGUCGCAGGGAUUCAAACCACCGACCUUCUGAUCAGCUAGUCCUAGGCUCUGUGGCAGCGCCACCCGCAUCCCUCCCUGUUCUAUAGCUAUGAUGAAGUUCUUAUGACUUUCUGGGAAUAAGCAAAACCACCUUGUUCCUCCUUUUCAAGGGUUCCUGCCAGAUUUCCAGAGUCAGUAGCGUGUGAUGGUUAUAGUUAGAAGAUCAAACUAGACCAGGGUUCAAAUCACCACUCAUCCACAGAAAGCCUUAGGCUAGUCCCUCUCUCAGCCUGGCCUACCUCACAGGGUUAGUGUGAAGAUAAGAAAUGGGGAGAAGGGAGAAAUUGAAACACAGAACAUCAGAAAAUAAGAACUUUAUUUAAUUUUUUUAUAUAUAUAAAAGUUUCUUUCACCUUCUGAAUUCAAGCAAUCACUCAAUGAAAAGUGUACAACAUGGAGUGUUUAUUUGUGCAGAGAGCUUCCAAGGUGUUCUGGGCCAGCCGAUUGUUCUGGCUGCUGCGGAUUAAAAUUCUGGAUCCAAAGGAAACUUUGCUGACUCUUCAUCUCUCCUGAACGCCGCCAACAAUGACCUCAUCGUUUGUGUCACAGGCAUGUCCUAAUGCCCCGGGGAAGCUGUUUAUAGCAGGUGAAAUAAUAGCAGAUGUGUGAUCCUUUUCGCAAAGUCGGUCUCAUCUAGGGAACUGACGCACCUCGUCUCAGAUUACUCCAGCUCCACAACAUGCCUCCAGUUUGUGGCUCUUGUGGAGCAAGAAAUGAAAUUGCUCAAAAUGCAAAUCCAGACCAAAGAAAGGGCAGAAAAAACACUCUUGCCACCUCCCUUUUCAGCAAGCUUUCUCACUGUGGAAUGUAAGCGUUGCGUUGCAAAAUUUGGAGGUUAUAAAUUAAAUUGCCGGCUCGCCAAAUAGUCAUUGUGGAAGUGUUGCCUUUCUCCAACCAUUCUAGAAUAUCAUUUCAAAAAGCAAAUCAUAUUAUGGGGUGUUUGUGUUAAUCCUCUAAAGUGGGGGUGGGAGGAAUCGCUCUAAAUAGCCAGAUUAGGGAGUCCAGCUCUGCGUGGCACUCUCAGUUCUGCCAAUUCUACAAAUCCAUGGUCACUUUCUGAAACCUGCUCAUCGCACAUUCGUCCUGUUUUGUUUGCUGCGGUUCCCAGGACUCUGUGAGAGGAGCUGUGACUGUUUAAAAUUGUUUGAUACUGCUUUAGGUGUUUAUUGUAGAUAAAGGUAAAGGGACCCCUGACCAUUAGGUCCAGUCGUGGUCGACUCUGGGGUUGCGGCACUCAUCUCGCUUUGUUGGCCGAGGGAGCCAGCGUACAGCUUCCGGGUCAUGUGGCCAGCAUGACUAAGCUGCUUCUGGCGAACCAGAGCAGCACACGGAAACGCCGUUUACCUUCCCACCGGAGCGGUACCUAUUUAUCUACUUGCACUUUGACGUGCUUUCGAACUGCUCGGUUGGCAGGAGCAGGGACCGAGCAAUGGGAGCUCAUCCCGUUGCGGGGAUUCGAACCGCCGACCUUCCGAUCGGCAAGUCCUAGGCUUUGUGGUUUAACCCACAACGCCACCCGCGUCCCUUUAUUGCAGAUAGGCCCAUAAUAUUACAUCAAGCAAACGUUAUUCCACACUUCGCAGUGGAUUUUCUAUUUACAGUUGUACCUUGGAAGUUGAACAGAAUCCAUUCCAGAAGUCUGUUUGACUUCCAAAAUGUUCGGAAACCAAAGCGCAGCUUCUGAUUGGCUGCAGGAAGCUCCUGCGGCCAAUCGGAAGCCGCGCUGGAUAUUCGGCUUCCGAAAAUUCUCCGAAAACCGGAACACUCACUUCCAGGUUUCAAUCGCUCGGGAGCCGAUUUGUUCAGGAGCCAAAGUGUUCGGGAUCAAAGGGACGACUGUAUUGGAAAAAGUCAAAUUUGGAGGGAGAAGGGAUGUUCCGCAAGAGCUCCAAAUCGGUUUCAAUUGCUCAGCUUGAAUUUGCCUGUAUGCAAAUGCAUCUCUCCUGAAAACUAUAAAAGCUUGGCGCUUGACCUUUGGGGAAGGGCCAUAGUUCAGGGGCAGAACAUCUGCACUGCAUGAUGCAGAAGGUCCUGGGUUCAAAUCCUGCCCAAAACCCUGGAGAGCUGCUUCCAGUGCGAGCAGGCAGCACUGCGCUAGAUGGACCAAUGGUCUGACUCAGUAUAAAGCAGAUCUCUAUGUUCCUAUGGCAGUGCUCCUUGCCUGCUGCAGCUGCUGCUACAGCCUCCCAGACUACCCAAGAUAAUUUCCCAGCAAGAGAGAUGAUGGGGCAUCGUAAGCAUCAGUUCUCAUGGACAUUAAAGCAGUUUGGUCCAGCCUUCCUCAACCCGGUGCCCUUCAAAUAUUCCUGGGCUCCAACCUCCCAUCAUACUUGGCUGUGUGGGGUAGGAGAAUCCAUCAAUUUCCAUUUUUCUUAGCUUGUCGUUUUUCCAAGUACAAAUGCUUACGAUUGCAGUGUAAGACUGCACAGUCUUGACCCAGUUAGCUGGGAGUAGACUCCAUUGAACACAGUGGGACUUACUUCUGAGUAGACAAGUGUAAAGCUCCAUUUACAAUAAAGGAACAAACACUCCACACAUUUCCUAAGAAGUGGCUGGCUGCGGAAGCAUUGCAAUGAAAGAAUUUAAAGUGGAUUGGUGACAUUUUCCUUCAAAAUUAUAGGAAGGCCUUUGCGUGCCAGCUUUACCAUUCCCUACAUAUAUUAUUAUUAUUAUUAAUAAUAAUAAUAAUAAUAAUAAUAAUAUUUUAAUACUGUAUUUUAAUAUUUGGUUGGAAGCCACCCAGAGUGGCUGGGGAAGCCCAGCCAGAUAGGUGGGGUAUAAAUAAUAAAUUAUUAUUAUAAUUAUUAUAUACUGCCCUAUACCCAGAGAUCUCAGGGUGGUUCACAGAACAAAAUCAAACCACAGAACCACAAAAUACACAAUCAAAAUAAAAACAACUCAAUAACACACACCCCCAGGGGGGGGAAUGUAAAAGGGCAUAAGUGAAGGUAUUUUAUUUUCAGUAUAAACAGGACUCUGUUUUUGCACCUACACAUGGACACAUACGGGACGCGGGUGGCGCUGUGGGUAAAACCUCAGUGCCUAGGACUUGCUGAUCAUAAGGUCGGCGGUUCGAAUCCCCGUGACGGGGUGAGCUCCUGUCGUUCGGUCCCAGCUCCUGCCCACCUAGCAGUUUGAAAGCACCCCUAAGUGCAAGUAGAUAAAUAGGUACCGCUUUAUAGCGGGAAGGUAAACGGCGUUUCCGUGUGCGGCGCUGGUGCUGGCUCGCCAGAGCAGCUUCGUCACGCUGGCCACGUGACCCAGAAGUGUCUCCAGACAGCGCUGGCUCCCGGCCUCUUGAGCGAGAUGAGCGUGCAACCCUAGAGUCGGACACGACUGGCCCGUACGGGCAGGGGUACCUUUACCUUUAUGGACACAUACACACACACCCCUUUUAAAUUGCUCUCCGAGACGUGGAGGAAAAAGAAAAAGCGGGAGAUUCCAGGAUCAAAACAGAAACCAGGAGGGCUUCUGUAAUUCUCAAGACUGUCCCUGGAAAAUCGUGAGACUUGGAGAACAUGCUGUAGCUGCUGUCUCUGGCUUAGUCAUCACCUUGCAGGCCUGCGGUGCCCAAGAAAGUCUUAUCCCAUGAGUGCUGCCUCAUUGAGAGCAAGUCAUGGCCAAACUAGUUAUUUAGACAGGGCCAGUUUUCUCGGGAGGAGGGUGGGUGGGUUGGUUGCCAUAAUCUUUGUUCCCACCCUGACCCCACCCUCAACCACACUGCAUCGCACAUCAGAAGUGUGUUACAUUAAGCACACACCCAGAAAAUUUCGAAGGAUGCCAUUAGUGCACACCCACCCAUUUUGAACAAAGGAGAGGUGCAAAGAGCUUCUGUCUGUAAGCAAGUAGCUAAUGUAGGUGCUUUUCCCCCCAUUGGAUGGGAUGAGUUGAUCAUUUGGGGUGCUCAAACCACAGUGUGAUUCUGUCUCUUUCUCUGCCCUUUGAGACGUGUAAGCCCUGUAUACCUGAAGGAGCGUCUCCACCCCCAUCAUUCUGCCUGGACACUGAGGUCCAACUCCGAGGGCCUUCUGGCGGUUCCCUCCCUGCGAGAAGUGAGGCUACAGGGAACUAGGCAGAGGGCCUUCUCGGUGGUGGCCCCCGCCCUGUGGAACGCCCUCCCAUCAGAUGUCAAGGAAAUAAACAACUAUCUGACUUUUAGAAGACAUCUGAAGGCAGACCUGUUUAGGGAAUUUUUUAAUGUUUGAUGUUUUAUCAUGUUUUUGAUAUUCUGUUGGGAGCCACCCAGAGUGGCUGGGGAAACCCAGCCAGAUGGAUGGGGUAUAAAUUGUCAGACCUUGCGUUUGACCGAGCUCCUCGAGUCCUCCGACGUGAUUAACAACCUGAGCCUUUGAUGAGGCUCCAGGCAUGUUCCCUCAUUAUGCAGAGUAUCCAGCACGCAGGGAAGGACGAGAAAUGUGCGCUACAUGGCAAAGAGUUUUAUUUCUAACUACGCAGACAGAAAAGAAACAUCUUCUCUCUGCGAGAGCAGAGAGACAACAGAAAAACAAAGGAACAGGAAACCAGUAACAUCACAUCCAUCUCCUGUCUUCCGUGAGACUUCCAACAGCCUGGAAUCUCUGGAGUGCAAAACAGAGUCUUGUGACUCCAAGCACUGCACAGUGGCAUAAACAGAAACCAACAUAAAUAUAUUAUUAUUAUUAUUAUUAUUAUUAUUAUUAUUAUUAUUAGGCAUUAUGCCACUCCCAUUGCAGCCAUUUUGUGACAGGCGCCCACGACACUUUGUCCCCUCUGGGCCCAAGAGGUUGGAGACCUCUGCAAUGUAAGAAAGACGCUCUCUCACUCUUCAAAACAGAGAGAAAGAGUGUGAACAGGAAUGGGAGGGGGGAAACACAUGCAGGAAUAAAAGGCAAAGCGAUGCCCCCAUUGCAGCUCCAGAAGCCAGCCUGGGAGUUGGGGCAGAGGAAAUCCCAGGAGCCCAUUGCUACCAGUCAGAAGAGGAAAGUGAUAUUUGCAGUUUACAGGUGACUUCUGCAAAGCGAGUGUGUCGGUGUGGGUGUAUUUUAUAGAAGCAGUCUAUCUACUGCAGAUGAAACCAUCGUCUAAAGUGCAGUAGCGCAUUGAAAAGUCACUACAGCCUGACAGACCUAGAUCCUGCCUUCCAGAGGCCCCAGGAGGCCCCAAGGAGAGGAGAGGCGCUUGUGGGAUUUUCCUGCCUCAGCUGCCAAAAUAAAUGGGCUGGACAUAGGGAUGGGUGAACCAGGCUGUUUUGGUUUCUCUCCAUUUCUCAUUUUUCCAACCUUAACUUCAGUUUUCCAUGGCAGUUCAUGACUGCUAUUAUUUUUAAAUCCUCACAAAAAUCCAUCAGCCUUUUAGUGCACGUAAUCCUAAUAUACACAUUUAUUUAUUUAUUGGCAAAGCACGUUUUACUGAAUACAAUGCAGUUUUCUUUAGUAUGCUCACUGACAUAUGCAGUUUUCUGCACGCUUUACCUCAGUGUGUGCAUUUUUGCACACGUUACGUGGCUGGAGAACUACACUGCAAAAACUGGGGAAGGGCAGAUUUCGAAGGACGGCUGUGUUUUGGUUCACAUAAUGUUCUCGAAGUGAGAAUUUGGGAAUGGGAACUGAAAUUAAUUUCUCCCCCACCCCAGCUGAUAAAGGGGGACUGCCCUAUUCCUGGUUUAGAGCCUUCUUGGGAGUGUGGGAGUUCCUGCUAAGGCAGAACUGCUCAACAUCCUCCACUCUUGCCUUCAGGAGAGUAGAAGAGAAACCUUCCCAUUUUGGGCAGACGUUCUGAUUUUAAGCUGUGAAUUGCUCAUUUAACGCAAAUAUUUAAAACGUGUGAACUGCCCAAAUAAAUUUUUGUUAAAGAACAAAUCCAAAGAGUUGUUUCACACCACCAGAAUCACCUUUUCUGUCCCAUUCCUCCCCAUAAGAAUCGCCUUGUUGGACGGACAUCACAGGCCAACAAAAGCAAGACAAACAGAUUGAAUGCACUAGCUAGCUGAUGCUUUGUAAUUUCAGGCUGGAGUGAAGGAAGUGUGCGCAUCAUGUUCCAAGCCUGUCUACACAGCGGAGUGCAUGGCAAUCCAGAACGUUCCUCUGCACCACGCAUGUUUCUGCUGUAAGCACUGCAGAAGGAAGCUGAGGUGAGACAUGAGAAUCGAGUGAGAAAACCAUGGGGUAACAGGCCACGCUCAAAGAAUGCAAAGAUGUAUCAGGCCAAAGGCCCAUCUAGCCUAACUUCCUGUUCCAACCAGAUGGCCAUUAUGGGAAGCCUAGAACCUGAGUCCAACCAGAUGCCCAUUAUGGGAAACCUAGAAUCUGAGUCCAACCAGAUACCCAUUAUGGGAAGCCUAGAACCUGAGUCCAACCAGAUGGCCAUUAUGGGAAGCCUAGAACUUCAGUCCAACCAGAUGCCCAUUAUGGGAAACCUAGAACCUGAGUCCAACCCAUUAUGGGAAGCCCAGAACCUGAGUCCAACCAGAUGCCCAUUAUGGGACGCCUAGAACCUGAGUCCAACCAGAUGCCCAUUAUGGGACGCCUAGAACCUGAGUCCAACCAGAUGCCCAUUAUGGGACGCCUAGAACCUGAGUGCCACUUAUGAUACUCAGCACCUGGCAUCCAGAUAUGGGGUGUUAGGAGAGGGGUAGUACCUCUGGUGGGGGGCAUGUCAUGUUCCUUCUGGGGUAGCUUGUCCACCUUUCGUCCCCACUCAGAUCUCACCAUGUGGCUCCUAGAAGCUGUCCGGACGAGACAGCGGCCACACCCAGGGAAUGGCUUUGACUGGUCAACUAAACCAGGUGAGGGUAGCUGAUGGGACUCAAACCCUCAGUGCAAAUACAGGCUCCAGUGGAUUGAGCAUACGAGACCAAUAUUGGGUCCAUCGGCCAAGAAAGGGGUUUCUGCAGGUGCUGUAGAGGGAAGUGAGAGGCAGAUGGGGCUCGUCCACCUGGGAAGGGAGCCCAUCUAGGAGAAGGAAAUAUCUGAUCCUAAACCUACACUGCCUUGUGGGAUAUCUCUGGGGGAACAAAAGGCUCAGGAGUAAAUCCUACACAAAUCCAGAGUGGAGUCCCUAAGAUAUUUGGAUGGUGCCCUGCACGCCUCCUUCCAGCAACUCCUGCAGCCAAGCUGGUGCCAAACGUCUUGCUCUGCUUUCCUUUGGACCACAUCAGCCAGGCCAAGAGGGGGAUCUUGUCAUCUGGGCAGGCCAGGACCUCCAUAAACACUGCCCAGGCUUGCACCUCAGGGAGGUCGCUUUGAUGCUGCAAACACAGCCAUUUGACUUCACCCCUGAAGGUGUACUCCAUUUUCUUUUGAGACAGAAGGAUGCCAAUAGCAACUGCUUCUGACAGCAGAGGUAAACAAAGCCGUUACUGCUGGUACCCACCAAUAGCACAUGUGUCUAAAUUUAUUUCAAAGCUUAAAGUAAAGGUAAAGGGAUCCCUGACCAUUAGGUCCAGUUGUGACCGACUCUGGGGUUGCGACGCUCAUCUUGCUUUCCGGCCGAGGGUGGCAGCGUUUGUCUGCAGACAGCUUCCAGGUCAUGUGGCCAGCACGACUAAACUGCUUCUGGUGAACCAAAGCAGCGCACGGAAAUGCCGUUUACCUUCCCGACGGAGUGGUACCUAUUUAUCUACUUGCACUUUAACAUGCUAUCGAACUGCUAGGUGGGCAGGAGCAGAGACCGAGCAACGGGAGCUCACCCCGUCGCGGGGAUUCGAACCGCCAACCUUCUGAUCGGCAAGCCCUGGGCUCUGUGGUUUAACCCACAGUGCCACCUGCGUCCCAUUUCAAAGCUUAGAUGUCUCUAAAUUUAUUUCAAAGCUAUUCAAGUUACUACCCAGCAUAGCUGCAGCAGCAGAGCAGGAGAUGUGCCUUUUCCCUUCUUCUGGUGACUCCAUUGUUUCACCUCUUCCCCAUUGUCCCUCAGAUUGUAGCUCAUUUAUUUUGCCCCACUGAACCAAAUGGGGGCUAUUGAUAAUUCAGGCAGCUCUGAUCUGCAUAGCCCCACCCCUUCAUCUGCAUGGCCCAACCCCCUUCACCUGCAUAUCACCACUUGGCUUGUUCUUGCGUGAUGCAGUGGAACUCUGGGAAAUGAUGGGUGUUCCUGCAUACGCGACAACCGUAACCAUUUCCCUUUUGUAUGUCUUGCAGCUUAGCCAACUAUGCCACCUUCCAGGGCACAUUUUAUUGCAAAUCUCAUCACCAGCUGCUUGCUGGGGUUAAAAAAAGGAGCCAAGAGGAAAACGCCGGCAUCCACCAAAGAGAUCAGCAGCUGCAGAUAGCCGUGCAGCCAAGUCCAGGACUGGGGACCAAGAAUAGAAAUAAUCGCCCAGGAAAGCUCCUUGCCAGAGAGAAAAUGCAACCGCCGUUUUCUGGUUUGUACUCUCAGGCUAAGCUGAGACCGCCUAGCCAAGCCAGGCAAGAGAACAAUCCCAGAACUAACUGGCCCCCUUUAAAGGAAGCGGCUGGGAAAGAAAUAGGUCGAAAAUAUGGCAGCCCUGGACCAUUGCAAGAUGCCGUAUUGAUUCUGCAAUGCCGGAGUGGAGCAGAUGGGAGCCGCCGCGAGGCCCCGGGAGGCAAAUCGAUAGCAGAAAGUGCUCGGGCGGAAAAGAAGCAAAGCCAAUUACCCAGAGUCCCAUUGCCAAAGCACGGUUCGCACUGGAUUAAAACAGCAGGUGGGAGCGGAGACUUGAGAGUAUCGGGAAAGAGACAGUUGUUCACGGGUGAAAGCAUCCCAGGAGCUCAGGGAAGGAAGAACGGACUCAGCAUAGCAGAAAGGGCUGUGAUGUUCCAAGGCAACCCGCUCAAAAUGAAGAAGAGCGUUCCUGUAGUCUCACCUUUAACAUCAACCCCUCUGGAGUCUCCUUCUUUUGGUUCACUGCCCUCCCGUUCAGAAGCACUCAGAACUAGUAAAGCAACUUGUUUUGCCGCUUCAGGAGGUACUGUAGCUGAUGCUUCUAGUCUUGCAAAAGGUUCUCUUGAGGGCAAGAGGCUUAGUAGUGGAUCUUCCUCCAGCACAAGUGCGUCUGAUGAAAGGCGUGCAGAUCAGAUUUUGCUAAGAGCUGAGCUUCUUCCUAAAGCCAGGGUUCCACUGCCUGCUUUGGCACCAGCAGACAGCAGACAGAAGCUUCCAGAAGCAAGCAAAGGUAACAUGUCAAUCACUCUGGCAUGCGAAGAGGCUGGACAACUGAGUCACAUCAGUGCUAAACCAACAGAGGACCACAAGCCCUCCCAGGCAAAGGCUGAAUCCUCAGUAUAUCUACCUGAGCACAAAGGUGAGCAAAGCAAUGAUGAGGAGAUGUUGGGUUCUUCUCUUGAUUCAGUGGAGACAGGCCUGGUGGCUGACCAGGUAAGUGAGAAUUCAUGGGAAGUCAGGAUUGAGUUCCCCAAGAGAGAAAUGCAAGUGGUGAUAGACCCAGCAAGCUUGCAAAGGCCAGAAAACCAACUUUAUCCUGAAACCCACAACAGUAUGGAGGCAGAGAACAGAAGGGAGAAAGGAAUGCAGGCAGGAGGAGAUUUCGACAGCACUGAGACACAAAAUGGCAUUCUUCAAGAGGUCUCCCAAAAUAGCAAACCUGAGGAAAGAGCCACCAAUUCAGACGAGGAAGCAGAAAUAGAAGGUCAUUCAGCGUCCAGCUCACAAGCAGAAGAAGCUAAAAAAACGAGUGUUCCGCAAAGAAAUAACUCACAAGACUCCACUUUGACAUCCAACACAGCACCAUUCACUCGUGAAAACCUGGAACCAAGUGACCUACUUGCAGAAACAGCCAACACAAAUGAAGAGAUACCAGGAAAGGCUAGCAGUGACAGUAAUAUCCAGCUUGAGGAAGAGACUGUCAGAAGGACCAUCCUUCAGGCUUCCAAGCUUCAGGUCAAAGACCAAGAAACAUUCGACUCCUGUGAGGUCCCACAUUUGACUGAAAAGCAAGAGAUGGGAAGUAUAAAGGUGGUUAUGAAACCUCAGAGCGAAGAUGGCUCAGGUCCACAGGCCAUCAGCAGUAAGGAGACCACCAAGGAGUCUGCUAGAAAGCAAAAGGAAAGGAACCCUUUGGCUCGACUUUUUGCUUCCAAAACUCAAGGCAGAGCAUGCAAGCAGGAAGAACCAGCAGUGACUAAGAAAGCACUUAAGACUCAAUCUGCCUUGGCCACACUGUUUGGAUAUUCUUUGGAGAAAGACAAGAUCCCAAAGGCUAAACCCACAAUGAAAACCAGCAGUGAAGAAGGAUUAUCACUUGUGUGUUUCUCAAACUUACCAAAGCUGGGCACCUGCAAGGAAAGUGAGACCUCAGGUCUUAUUCAAGCAAAAGGUUCAGAAGCAGGCCUUCAGGAUCCAGAGGAGAAUUAUGGAAGCCACACAAGGGAUGGGCAGAGAGAAAGUUCUCCAUCCUUGGACAGCGCCAAAGCCUUCAGUGGUGGUGCGCUUCCUAUAGAGCUGAGCACAGAUAUUUCAAGUAGCACUGAAGUGGCGUCUGGAAUGAAGGGUCUUGAAGUUCCCAAACAAUCCAAUUUGCAAUUGGAAACAGUCCUCUCGGACAACAACAAGUCCUCACUAUUUUCCAGCUUUCAGGAUUCUCUGGCAACUCCUACAGAGAACCCGUUGCAAUGUUCUACAAGCUCCUUGAUGGAAACAAAGACAGAAAUCACCUCUAGAGGUGAUCCCUAUGAUCAAGAUCUACAAAACUUCCCUAACCAAGCUGCCAUGGAUGCUCAGUGUUUAGAAAUAAAGGCUGAAAAUGUUUCUUUAUUGGGCCCUUCAAGGGAAGACAAGGCUCAGUGUGACUAUCAAGUUCCUGACAUGCUUCUAUUUUCUAUGGGGGUAGACCGAGCAGCAAGCAUGGAUGGAAGUGGCCUGCAGUCCAGCUCUCUUGAUCUGGACACAGGAAGCAUGAAAGUCAAAAAUGAAGCUUGCUCUGGUUUAAGCGGUUCAGAAAACAUCUCAGAGGUAAGCAACCUGCACCAGUUUUCAGAAUCUGAGCCCAUUAGAGCAAUCACUCUUAAUAACAGCAACACUCCAGGAACUGGAAAUUCUGAGAUGUUUCAGAACCCACAAUCCUGCCUUGAGCUGAGUGAAGAUGUUCUCCUCGGACUCCAUGUUGAAAAAGCCACUGCUGAUGGUUACUCCACUGGAAAAGUGGACAUCCCUUCAUUGCUUGGAUCUCUCCAGCAUAUUCCAGAGCUCCUUAGAGAUACCAUUCAGCGUAACACUGAAGGAACUACGGCUGCAACAGAACAAUCCCUAGAAGAGAUGAUGUCAGCAGAGAAGAGUGAUGGGUCAUCAGGAAGCCUUCUGUAAUGCAUCUUGAAAUGCAGUGUGUUCUACUCACAAGGCAAGGUUAUGGGGGCAAAGUCCUAGCAGAGGUGAGUCUGUGGCUAAGAGCAGCAACCAGCAAAGUCCGCUCUCUAGGGUGCUAACUGGCUUGACUGCCUAUAAUUUCCCAGGUUAGGGACUGGCAACCCAAGAGAGCCCCCCCCCCAAGGUCAAAGGUGCAAUCCAAUGACCUUUGGCCUACAACUCCCAUCAGCCUCUGCCAGCCUGACCAAAGGUGAGAGAAUAUGGGAGUCAGGAGUUCAGUGGGUGGAAGAAGGCUGGGUUUUUUUACACUUCAUGGCUCUGUGACUCUAGGAAACCGUUAAAGAACACAUUAUCUGAUUCUCUCCACGUUCUCCUUCCCCUCCACCCCACCACCUUCGUUCAAUCAUCCCCAAACUCACAAACAACCAAUUUAGUGCGUUCCCAAUUGUCUCCCCUCCUGCUCUGGAAAGAAAAAAACCCUUAAUGAGCAUCACUCUGCGAAAAGGAAAUUGCUCUCUCCAACCCCGGAGGGAGGUGAAAAAUUCGUUUCCUCCUCUUUCCCUGUUCCUAAAAUAACUCAUUGCAAGAUAGGAGGUCUGAGGAUUAAUUAGAUUUCCCUUUGCCUGGGAUUGAAUCCCAAGGAAUUAGUAACAACACCAGGCAGUCGAAAACAUGCUUAGCAUCUGUUUUUGGGUACCACGUUAGCCAUCCAUUUUUUUCAAAGUAAAGGAAUAACAUUUUCUGCUCACUUUUCCUUAAGACUGAGGAAUUUUCAUUUGGGGGGACCACACUUGGAAUCUCGUUGUGUCAGCAAAGCAACGACCUAUUUUUUCCUUACAAAGGAAAUGCUUCGCCAGUGCAUGGAGUAUGGCUUGCUUAAGGAUUUGUGGCUGUUUGGAAUAUCAUUCGGUCUGAUGUUGCAUUGACUGAGAAAAUUUGUAUCUCCCCGACCUUCUUGCUUGAUGGCAAUAAAGACAAGAAAUACGUAAAAAUGUGUUUGAUGCUAGGGGGAAAACCCACACAAGUUAAAUGCUUGCGCAGCCAUUAAAGGAGUACAUGCGCCAUCCCGCAGGCAGGCAGAGUUCAGCAUGUUGCCUUUCCCAUUCACUUCAAUGGAGGGGCUCCAUUCAAGACUCUUGAACUGGAAAGGCUCCAACUUGGCUAUCACUUCGCAGGCAACGGUUCCAGGAGAGCAGAAUCAGAACUGCACAUUUUAACUGAGAAGCACCUUUUGCAUCAUCUUUCCCAUUCAGUGGGAUCAACAUUGCUGCUACUUCGCCUCCUCUAGAACAGGGGUCAGCAACCUUUUUCAGCAGGGGGCCGGUCUACUGUCCCUCAGACCAUGUGGUGGGCUGGACUAUAUUUUGGGGAAAAAAAUAAAAUGAAUGAAUUCCUAUGCCCCACAAAUAACCCAGAGAUGCAUUUUAAAUAAAAGCAUACGUUCUACUCAUGUAAAUACACCAGGCAGGCCCCAUAAAUAACCCAGAGAUGCAUUUUAAAUAAAAGCACACAUUCUACUCAUGUAAAAACAUGCUGAUUCCAUUUAGACGGCGAUUGGGCCGUAUCCGGCCCCCGAGCCUUAGGUUGCCUACCCCUGUUCUAUAGCUAUGAUGAAUUUCUUACGACUUUCUGGGCAUAAGCAAAACCACCUUGUUCCUUCUUUUCAAGGGUUCCUGCCAGAUUUCCAGAGUCAGUUGCGUGUGAUGGUUAUGGUUAGAAGGUCAAACUAGACCAGGGUUCAAAUCACCACUCAUCCAUGGAAGGCCUUAGGCUAGUCUCUUUCCCGGCCUGGCCUACCUCACAGGGUUAGCAUGAAGAUAAGAAAUGGGGAGGAGGGAGAAAUUGAAAUACAGAACAUCAGAAAAUAAGAACUUUAUUUAACAUAUAUAUAUAUUCUUUCACCUUCUAAAUUCAAGCAAUCACUCGAUGAAAAGUUCACAUUAGACCAAUUAUUAGACCUGGGACUUCCACCAUGUUUGUGCAGGUGGAUAUUAGAUUUUCUAUCAAACCGUUCCCAAAGGGUCAGGUUGGGUUCCCACGUCUCUGCGGAUCUCAUCACGAAUACGGGGACGCCUCAGGGGUGCGUGUUGAGCCCGCUUUUAUACACGCUCUAUACAGCUGACUGUGCCCCCAAAUACCCCACUAAUAAGAUCAUUAAGUUCGCAGAUGAUACAACGGUGGUUGGUUUAAUCACAGCUGGAGAGGGGGAGGCGGCCUAUAGGAAGGAAGUUGAGCAGUUGGGGGAGUGGUGCAGGAAAAACAACUUACUCCUUAACUUAAAGAAAACAAAAGAGAUCAUUGUGGACUUUAGGAAAUGUAAAUUGAAUAUUCAGCCACUUAUUAUUGAGGGGAAGUGCGUGGAACAGAUCUCGGUGUUUCAAUUUCUGGGAAUGGAGUUGAGAGAUGACCUAACCUGGGGAGAGAACAGCAAAGACCUGGUGAAGAGAGCACAGCAGAGGUUAUAUUUUCUGAGAAUCCUCUGGAAAAACAAUCUCUCAAAGGACCUGUUGAUGGCAUUUUACCAUUGCACUGUGGAGAGCGUACUAACUUAUGGUCUGUGUGUGUGGUUUGGGAGCUGCACGGUCAGGGGAAAAACAAUGCUAUCCAGGGUUGUAAAGACUGCAGAGAGAAUAAUUGGAUGCACUCUUCCCACCUUAGAUCAAAUCUAUGCUGCCAGGUGCCAUAAGAAAGCGGCAGAGAUAGCACAGGUUAGUAUGCACCCCGGAAAUGAUCUCUUUCAGCUUCUGCCUUCUGGAAGAAGGGUUAUAAAGGCCAGGACUAGCCGCCUGAGAAACAGUUUCUAUGCAAAUGCAAUUCUGGUUCUAAACACAGCAUAAGGGGUCUAUGUAGUAUAGUGUAUUUUAGAAUAGGGUUUUAGAGUUUUUUAGGGGUUUUUGAAUGUUUUAUGUAGUUUUAUGUAGUUUUUAUGUAGUUUUAUGUAGUUUUGUGGUAGUUUUAUGUAGUUUUUAUGUAGUUUUAUGUAGUUUUGCAAUUUCAUUGUCCUGCAUGGGACAAUGACAAUAAAGAUAUAUCAUAUCGUAUCGU